AAAAAAAACAAAGUGCAGUUACUAUACAUGACACAACACUGUCUUAUAACGUUUGCUACAAUGAUGUUUGUUUGAGCUGUCGUAGCCGUACAAGCUUGUAUGUAAUAAAUAAAAAAGAAAAGCUGCAUUAACUCCUACAUUUUUAUUACAGAUCUCUCUUUUUAAAAUGGCUGCCUCGGCAGUUCUGAAGUCACCAGAAGAAAAUAAGUCUGAGCCCAGUCAAACAAUUAAAACUGAGAUACGGUCAUUGUACAAAGAUGGAAGCCAGUCUUUACGUAAUGAUGACAUCAAUACAGCUCUCAAAAGUUUUAAAAGAGCAUAUAUUCUUUCCUGUAAGCUGACAAACAAAAAGCUUCAGAAAGCAUGCCUAUUUAAUCUUGGAGCGUCCUACAUUUGCAUUGGCAAACCAAAGAAAGCACUGAAGUGUCUUAUUAAAUCUAGAACCAAUGGACUAGAAGGUCAAGACGGAGAUCUGUAUUUUAAUGUGGCUGCCGCUUAUGAUGAAAUGAAAGAGCAUGAUAAAGCAGUGAAGUUUUAUGAAAGAGCUAUCAAUGAAUAUGGAUUUGAUGAAGUUAAUAAUAUUGCAGAUGCCCUAAUCAAGCUCGGGUAUUGCUUUGUGGCUGUAGAAGACCUUUCCUCUGCUGCACAUUCAUUUAGGCUUGCAGGUCAUUCAUAUUUGAAGAUUGCUAGGACUGAAGACGCAGUGAUGGCCAUGAGAGAGGCUGCCAACUUCAUGAUCAAAAGUCAACAAUUCUCCAAGACAGAAAUCAUUCAGACUCUGGAUUCCUGUGUUCAAUCAUGCAGUAGUGUAGAUGAUAAGAAAUUGUUGGGUAAGUUCUAGAUCAUGCUUAUUUUAUGGACUGGAAGAUAGGAAUUAUACAAAUUUAAAACUCAAGUUUACAACUGCAAAGGCCCAAAGAUAUUGCAUAGAGAGAGAAAAUUGUCUCUCUGUUCUUGUACAAAUUCUACAUAAAAAAGGAAAGAUUAAAAGAUCAGAAAUUAAAAAGGGGGCCUCUGACCCUAGUAUUUAGAGUACUAUUAACCAGAGGACAACCCUAGACAGCCAACUAGGGAUCUGGGGGUUAUUGGAGGCCCCCAGAAGCAUUAAUUUACCUGGCCACAUUAACUAUCUAUAUGUGAAGAACUAAGGGUGGUGGGACAAAUAAAUAUUCUACUUAGAACCCUAUCAUUAUCUGCCAGUAUUACCAAGUAGAGGCCCAAUGAGUGGCCACUACCCCAUCCUUUACCAGAAUGAAGGGUAAUAAAUAUUUAAAAUAUUUAAUCAUUACCAUUUGAAGUACUGGUUGAAGAUCUCCUUUCUUCGACCAAAACAGUCCAAAUCAAUAGCCAUGAAGAAACUAAAUUAAAUUUAAAAAAAGGGCAUAUUUGCCAAAGAAUCAACAACAAAAAAUUGUUAAACCUUUUUUAAGGAUAAAUCCAUGUAAUGCUUGGUAGCAGGGCCAACUGGCAAAAAUGUUUGGCCCCGGCAUUUUGAAUCAGUGGCCCGCUGAGAAGGGUGCAGGGCCUGUGAGGAUUUUUUUGUCAUUACCAAUGACAAGCUCGUCCCCUCUCAAAGUGGGUGUCUUGAUACAAUGCACAGAGCCCUACUGAAAAGAUUUUCCAUGAGAAAAAGGCCCUGUAUUUGUGGUGAUAUAGUGUGUGCGGAGGCCCCAUAGUGUGUAUAGGAGAUCUGGUGUGUGUCUGUGUGCAUGUGUGUGUAGAAGAACCAGAGUUAUGUAUGGAAUCUAGAUCAAAUCAAAUAUAUACAUGUAUUUGUUUUAAUUAAUAAAAAAUAUAGUUUAUAUCCCCCCUCCUUUCUUACCUUUGCCCAGAAGGUGGGACAUUGCUUGUGAAGCCCUGGUGGUGAGUGAACUAUAGGCAGCAGCAAUGCUCCAACUACCGGUCACCGCAGUAAAGUGCCAGAGUGCCAGUGAGGGAGAUAUUUGAUCUUUUCACCGGCCGGUCUUGGCAUACCACAAGACUGGCAUUUGGAUGGUGCCUUCCCUGCAUGGGCUGGCGGGUUGAUCCUCCUAUCUCCCAAGCCCGCCUUGGGCCAUGGCCAUUGCAGCCAAUCGGUCAAUUGCCUGGUUUGCCCGAUGGCCAGUCCGGGCCUGCUUGAAAGCAAACCAAACACAGCGCUCUGACAGCUCUGGUAAUGUGUUUGAUAUACGCAUGUGUAAUUAUAAAAAUUUUAUUGCAGAAUUUUAUACAAUAAUAUCAAAUCCAGGUAAAAGUAAACAUUUAAAUUGUAUUAAUUUUCAAGCCUGUGCCUAGUUAUAGAUGUUAUAAUUAUCUAACGCACUUAUCAAAAAAGAUUUACCCUACCAAGAAAAGAACUUGAGACACUGAAAUUUGAAUGGCUUAGUGAUUUUAGAGCACUUAUAACUGAGCCCUUGUAAAAGAUGUAUGUUUGAUUUUUUUGUUUUAUGUUCUGUUUAGGAACACUGUAUAAUCACAUUGGCUUGCAUUAUGCAGAAAUAAAGUGUUUUAGCCAAGCUAGAAGAUGCUUUGCAGAAGGUAUGAAUCUAUGCAGUGGAAAACAAUUUUCUAUAAGAAAAAUGGCUGUACUACUCCAAAACCUUGGAGCAGUUGACAACGCUCUUUACCAGUAUGAAAAAUCACUCAAAAACCAUGCAGAAGCAGCAGAUAUAUAUGGUAAGAUAAAAAAAUAAUAUUCAAUAUGCGUAUUAAUUACAGCAUUGCAAACGAUUGAUCAAUAUUUCCAUUAAAUAGCUCUUUAUUGGACAAUAAACAAUAUUUAACAUUUGCGUUUUAAACUGAUUUAUUGGUACUAAGGAUGAAAUUAAGGUUCUGAAAUAAACAGGGAGAACGUGAACUUUUCCGUUAAAAUCACUGUUUAGUAGAACAAAUUAAAUUCAGCUCACUGUUUUAAAGGAUCUAAAAAUCUAUUUUAGAGCAAGAGUCCUCAGUAACACAUAAUGCAUAAUACAGCUAUAUAGUGCAGUGAAAUACAUUAUUGUUAUUUAUUACAUAUUUUAUAACAUUGCACUAAAAGGCUGACAAGUAACUAGACUGCCCGUUAAUAUGACACCGAUGACUGCAUACAAUAGACAUACAGUAAAUAGGGCUUUCAGAAUAUCUUAGACUUAAAGUAGAACCCAUUCUUAUUCUUAAGUCAUGACUAUAUAUAGACAGUAAAAUCAGGUUUGAGUCAGACAGGAGAUACAUGAUUUGCAUUGUGCGUAUAUACAUCAAAGCACUAUCACUUUAAUUGUUUAGUUUUGACAUUGUAUUUUUUUUGAAUGGUGUUUUUUUAAUCAUAUUAAAUUUGCAUUUUUUAUCCAAUUUUUUAAUCCAAUUUUUUAAAUCUUUUUAUUAUUUUAUUCUGAGCCUGAAUUGCAUUAGAACCUGUACUAUUUCUGAUGCUAAUAUCCAGUAUAUCCAACCAUGUCUUCCCCUAACAUGGUAACAAUUCCACCCCUAACCCCAAACCCUUCUCACAAUUUUCCAAAACCUUAUAACAAAACCUUAUAACACGAUAGCUAUUUAUUAACCAUGCACUAUCUAUAAAAACGCACUGUUAAAAAAAAUAAAAAUGUAAACCAUUGCGCAUCCUAUAUUACUGUGAUAUAGGCAAGCUUAGAAUGUCAGGAGAGGUGGACCAAGUAAAUGACAGCUGAAACAAAUAUCUGUAUGCUAUCGGCUAUUUAACCUGGGCUUCUCUAUGGUGGCUAAAUGCCACCUAAAUGACAAAUUAUAUAUCUGUAUGUUAGCUAUUAAAUUUGUCUCUAAUCUUUGUAAUCUAACCUGUCGAUUCAUCAGAGGCCAGAAUUUGAAAAAAAAUUUAAGUGGUAUAAAUGUUACUCGAAAACAACAUUUCGCCUGUAUGUUAUACAUCACGCUGGCGCAGAAAACAUUCCAAACGCGUUGAGAGGCCAAGAAAUAGUGACCGGGAAUGUUAUUUAUUCGAAAAACAAGCAGCUAAUGCACGGAAAUUGGAUACACCUACUCCUUAUUCAAUCUCUUUUUUUAUUUAUGUUUAAAUAUUCCAAAUCAUUUCUCAAGUAACCACAACUCCCUGUUUAAUAAAUAGAGCCCAUUGUAAUUAUGUGGCAGCUUGAAAUAACUGCACAGUCCAGAACAGACUUAGUACAUUGACAUUUUAGAAGAAGGGAAACUACAAAUGUUUUUCUAUAAUACAAUUCUACAUGAUUUCAAAGAAACUUUUUGAAAUCUGGUUAUUCAAUAUAACUUUAUUAUUUUACAUACUAUGCUGCCAGUUUAACCAUUAUUAUUAUAUAUUUUUUUUAGGAACACUGGGUGAAAGAAAUUCUCAAGGGCAAUGUCUCUGCAACUUGGCCUUUGCAUACAGCCAACUGAGAAACUAUGAAAUGGCUGAGUUUUACUACCUCCAGGCACUGAUUGCAUUUCAAGAUGCAGGUAAAGAACAUCAUUAUAUAGAAACAAAUAGCUUCAAUAGCCUAUUACACAUAGCGGGUACACACAUCUGUCUAGAUUUUUCUGCAACACUCAAUUCUGAAUUAUUUGCAAUGUACAAGUACGCCAUUGCCAUGCUAAUAAAUUAUUGUAUCAUAUGAUAAAUUGCAUGACCAUGUUUUCAAAGCCUGCAUUGUGCUGUGAGACACCACACAUGAACUUACAGUAUUGCACAAUUAGGUUAUGUGAAAAGUGGGGUCAAAAAAAUCAUGCAUGUAAUGAACUAUCAGUUCUUGAUGCCUGAGGUUGAUGGGAAUUUCACUCCCAAGCAGCAGCUGCUGUCACUGAUUUUUUUCUUUUAAAGGUAUUCAUUUAACAGAGUCUCAAUCCCUGCAGCCACUUGCUAAAGAAGGAGAGAGGGAUAUAUUAGUGGUGUUGGUAAGACACUGAACUCAUCAAGUGGGACAGCUAGACUUUUAGGUUAGGGCAUGAAUGUGGAGAGGGUGGAUGGUGCUUGGGUUCUGUAGAUUUCAUAAAAAAUAAAGUGAAUGGAAUUAAAAGGUGUGGUCCUAACUAAAGCUUUGUGAAACCAUAACCACUAUAGUCAGUUGUAGUUGUGUUAUUUGAAGCAUCGUAUAAAAAGGGUUACUAAAGGCAUCAGAAUAAUUUGCAUCACUUCAGUGAAAAUCUCUGCAGUUCUAAGAUUGCCCACUGAGUCAAUUAAUUCAAAGUAAGAAUGUUACCUGGUUCUUUGGCAUCCAAGAGAUAAGCAAGUUUUGUUAGAAUUUAUCCAAGUAUGAAGAGAGGUCGAGCACAGUGUUAAUUUUGGUGGAAAAUUUCAAUUUCCUUUUAGUCAUAGUCUUUUGACAAAAAAAAGCCAUUUUAAUUUUAGUCGUAUUUCAGUCAUCUGAAUUGUUUUAGCAUUAGUCUUGUUUUAGGCAACUAAAUCUCCAGUAGAUUUUAGUCGACACAACUAAAAACGAAUGGGUUUAGUUAAAGCCUCUACCUGUGUCUUUUGCCCCUUCCUCAGCCCCUCUGCGUCUCUUUGUGUCCUCCCAGCACUUCUAGGUGUCUAUCUCCCAAGCCCUGGUCUGUCUCCUUUGCCCAUUCCACAGCCAUUCUGUGUUCAAAUUUCAAUUUGGUUUUAGUCUCUGGAAAUCUACGCAAAAUUGAAUCAUGGGCACCUUCUUACCAUUAACGAACGUUUUAGCCGCAAAAUCUGGAACAAGGUGCCAAUCGCUCUGUCGCUCCACCCUUCAGGAAGCCUCAAAACAGGCAUACCUGUUUAACUCACUUUCUGAAUGGGGAGUUAGCCAUUUUAGUUUUAGUCAUGUUUUAGUCAUCUGAAUUGUUUUAGUCUAGUUUCAGUCGACUAAAGCUCAAAUAUAUUAGUCGGCUAAAAUUUGACUAAAAUUGUUAGUCGACAAAAGUAACACUGGUUGAGCAACAGCCACUUAAAUUUGUAGGGUUGAUUUAUGGCAUGUGGGUCACUGCACACAGCUAGGUACACAACACAUAAGCCAGGAUACCUGUGGAAUGGUCAAUAGAAGUGCCUAGACAAUAGAAGUGCCUAGUUUUCACUCAAAAGUUUCUUAUAAAGUUCUCAUCAAUAAAGCCUAAUGUUUUCAGGUGUUUAUUCACUUAACUAAUAGGCGUUAAAGCAUUUAUGAUUGGUGAGCAGGACAAUUCAAUCCCACAGUAAAUAAAAAAAAAUAUCAAAAACAAUUGCCUUGCAACACUUGGGAAACUAAACGAAAACAAGCAGAGACACGUUCUGACAAGCCUUCCAGGCCUGGAGCAAUUUUUAUUCAAGUAUCAAGUACAGUCACAGACAGGGCUGAUCGAAUUCUCAUCACAUAUAACUUCACAGGGCUUCAGAUCAAUAGUAAAUGAUUGCAAAGCUCCCUUUGGAUUGGCUAAAAUAAGAUAUCCUUGGUACAGACUAUAAAAGCAAAACACCAUGUGCCAUUCCUCUGCCCCGCAGUAUAAAUAUUUCUUGUGUCGAGCCAUUCCACAUCUAAUGUAGGAGUAUUUUUGGACUGCAGCCAUCCUCCUCGGGUUAUCACAAUGUUCUGUGUUUGUGAGUUGCUUUCUGGGAAUCAUUGUUGCGUGAAACAUCAAUAGCAGUCGUGUGAUUUCUAAGUAUUAAAUAAUUUUUGCUUUGUGAGAGAUUUACAUUUACUAGGCUAUAGUUAAAACAGCAGGUAGAGACAAACUGUUAGAUUUCGAGUGAGCAUCACAUAUUUGCAGACAACAAAAUGACCACAUCGCAUUCAGUGAAAAUCACUGUAUUCCAGGCGCAUUAAUAAACGUGCUAUGACUGUCUAAACGCACAGCCGUAUAAAUAUAGAAUGUGAUUCAUAGACAAAACAGAGAGGGUUGGCUAGUUGGAUUUCAGCAGAAUAUUGCAGUUUGUCAAGGAAAUUUUAGACAGUUUGAAUCUGAGUAUAUUUUACACAUUAGAAAGAAAAAAGACAAGUAAUAAAUGGCGCUCAAUACACGUCUAAAAUCGUGAGAAAAAUGUUUAAGCCUAUGAAGCAGCUCCCUUAUAAAGUGCAAUAGCCCAUAAAACACUAAAAAUACAAUAAUACAGAAAAAAGGGUGCGCUAUGUCUUUAAGACAAAAAGUUUGCAAUAUUCCUUUAAGAACACUCUGGUGCUUAAACCAAUACACAACCUCUAUUUUAUAAGUGUGUUACUAUUACAUACACUGAUGUAAGUGCAAAAAGGUGCAAAAGUGCAAAUGCCACUGAUAUACCAGUGUUAUAGUGAAAAUAAUAUAUAAUAUAGUAAUAAUAUUACUCCUGAUUACUUUUCCUUCUUCAAACGGUCAUAUUUUAAAAACUAUAAAUCCUACAGAAAUCAUGUCCUGAUGUUUUUGUCAGCUCCCACUCUAGUUUUGAACAUAUCGCCAUUUAUUCCUAUGGUAACCAAUUUCACCACAAAAACGACUAUAUUUCGCAUACCAUUCGACGAAACGUUCCACAAAGUAAUAGCACUCCAAUCGGGAACAAUCCGCACGUUUCGGUCUAUUACUGUCUAUGUAGUGUAAAAACUGUGGGAGGAGUUAGGGUGGUAAAUUUGGCUAGAAUAAGAAUAAGAAUAAUAUAUAUGUGAGAUAACAUUAAGUGGUCUUGCUAUGCAAGAACACUUAAUUAUUUAGUUUUAGAAAAACUGCAAUAAUUACAUUGCAGUACAAAGACUAGCUCUAGUGGCUGUCAGUCAGACAGCCACCUGAGUCACUUCCUGGUGGCUAAGUGACGUUUAAUCACCUGACGUUGGAUGUCUUCACAUUCUGCAGAUCAUCACUGGAAUCUGGUGAAUACAGAAAGGGACUUUUAACCUUUUUAAGGCCCGGGGGGUGCGAGAGAGGAGGGAGCUAUGAAGUAUGUUGUGCGCUCAGGAAUACAGUAUGGUGCUGCAGAGGUGUAACUCCACCCCUACUGGCAGAAUGAUUAGCCUGCCCGGAAUGAGCGUUUCAGACUUGUUAUUGCAUGCACAGAGUUACCUUCAUUGGCUGAAAGCACUCAGUUGAUGCUAUCAGCUAAUGAAUAUCGCCAGGACAGCCGUAUCUGACUGUGCGCACAUGUUAGCAUUUUACCCCCUUACUGGGCAACAUGACCACUAUAACCAUAACCACUGACAUCAUAAACACUCAGAGGGUUGGGAUAGUUAUGAUUCUCGGAGCAACCAUUUAAAUUAACAUUAUUCACUAAACUGUGAAUGUAGGGAAUUGAAAAGUAGAUUGCAGCAUUCAAGCCAAAAUAACAGUUGUAAAUAUUCUCCAUACAGCAGGUACAGGGUUAGUCACCAAAGUGAGAAUGCAAAGUGAAUUUUAAAUUUACUGUCAGAGUAGAUGAAGUAAAAGCAUAGCGGUCUUAGAGAAUUUUUCCGGUUCAGCGGAUUUAAACUUAAAUUUUAAAUUCACUUUGAAUUCACCUUUAAUUCUCACUUUAGUAAAUAAAUAAAUACUGACUUUUCCAAAUCAGUUUUCAAUUAACCACAAUUCGCUGAUUAAUGAAUAAACUCCAGUGACUUUAAACACACAUUUUGAAACAUACAGUUAGCCAAUGCGGAGCAGGUACUAUGCGUCGUAGUGACAAUGAUAUCAUCCUUUGUUGACAGGAGAUGUCCUCAGGCAGUCCCAGGUCAGUGAAGGACUGGGCGCUACGUACUUCUGCCUAGGUAACCAUGAUGAAUCGAUAUUCUUCUAUAAACAAGCCCUGGCUCUGUUUGGAAAGUCAAAGGUAAUUAUUAUUUGUACAACCUGCUUGCUUUGCAUUGUACACAAUGUAAAAUGAUUGAAACUUUCCGAAGCAGUGAAUAUGCAUUUUUUCCCCUUGCUUCAUCAAAUCUAAAUAUGCCUUUGCUUUGUAACCUUGUGUGAUUCUUAUUCAAAACACAUAAAUUGGCUUUAUACAUCCAUAAAACAGUAUUUAUUAACUCAGGAUAUUAUUUCUGCUUCCAUACGUCCAAUCAUAAAUCCAAUUACUUAUGCAAUUGUUGUAGUGUCUGUUACCAAAGUCAAUAGCGUUACCUGGUUUCACCUGCAAAUAGACCGUCCUUUAAUUUAAAUGUGUUCAAGUGUGACAGUGCACAAACAGAUUAUAAGGGUUAUUCACUAUAGUCCAAAUAGCCCUGUAUUAAAUGGGGCAAAACUAUUCGGCCGGACAAGAUUCCACAAUGUCUGGAUUUUGCAGAGCUAUUUAUUUAAUAGCUGCUACCAAAUCGUGCAUCUAGCAUCCAACUAUCAGUGGAUUAGAUUCAUUUAAUAACUUAAUGUCCCCUCUAGCCCCCAUCCAUGGUCUAUUACCAAUAAUAUAUAAUAUAUUACCAGCAAUAUUCCAAUUGCUGUAGGGGAAUAUUUGUAAUAUUCCCAGGAAAGUUGGAAUUUAAAGUUUAGAUUUGCCGGCCAUCAGAGCGCUCUACUGAGAUUUCAAAGCAUUGUUAAGUCUUUAUAAAAGUGGGAUGGGGUCUUUAUAGUGACUGGGCAGCAAAGACUUUGCAGUUGCUGGUUCACUGUUACAGUGAGUAGCCCAAGGCUGCUAACUGUUUAGCAGAUAUCUUCCUCCUGCGGCAUGGCUUGUGGGGACAUAAGGGAAGUUAAGCACAUUCUUUAUAGGAAUAUGAGGGUCAUAUUGACCCUCCCCACCCCCAUAGGCCUUUUUUUAAUUUUCUUUUUUAAUAUAGUGGCUGGCUAGCAAGAACUGUCCAGCUGCCACAUGAUUUAAGAUAGAAACAUAGAAACAUAGAAUGUGACGGCAGAUAAGAACCAUUCGGCCCAUCUAGUCUGCCCAAUUUUCUAAAUACUUUCAUUAGUCCCUAGUCUUAUCUUAUAGUUAGGAUAGCCUUAUGCCUAUCCCACGCAUGCUUAAACUCCUUUACUGUGUUAACCUCUACCACUUCAGCUGGAAGGCUAUUCCAUGCAUCCACUACCCUCUCAGUAAAGUAAUACUUCCUGAUAUUAUUUUUAAACCUUUGUCCCUCUAAUUUAAGACUAUGUCCUCUUGUUGUGGUAGUUUUUCUUCUUUUAAAUAUAGUCUCCUCCUUUACUGUGUUGAUUCCCUUUAUAUAUUUAAAUGUUUCUAUCAUAUCCCCCCUGUCUCGUCUUUCCUCCAAGCUAUACAUGUUAAGAUCCUUUAACCUUUCCUGGUAAGUUUUAUCCCGCAAUCCAUGAACCAGUUUAGUAGCCCUUCUCUGAACCCUCUCUAAGGUAUCAAUAUCCUUCUGAAGAUACGGUCUCCAGUACUGUGUACAAUACUCCAAGUGAGGUCUCACCAGUGUUCUGUACAAUGGCAUGAGCACUUCCCUCUUUCUACUGCUAAUACCUCUCCCUAUACAAUCAAGCAUUCUGCUAGCAUUUCCUGCUGCUCUAUUACAUUGUCUGCCUACCUUUAAGUCAUCAGAAAUAAUCACCCCUAAAUCCCUUUCCACAUAUGUUGAGGUUAGGACUCUAUCAAAUAUUCUGUACUCUGCCCUUGGGUUUUUACGUCCAAGAUGCAUUAUCUUGCACUUAUCCACAUUAAAUGUCAGUUGCCACAAUUCUGACCAUUUUUCUAGUUUACCUAAAUCAUUUGUCAUUUGGCUUAUCCCUCCUGGAACAUCAACCCUGUUACAUAUCUUAGUAUCAUUAGCAAAAAGACAUACCUUACCAUCAAGACCUUCUGCAAUAUCACUAAUAAAAAUAUUAAAGAGAAUGGGUCCAAGUACAGAUCCCUGAGGUACCCCACUGGUGACAAGUCCAAGCUUCAAAUAUAUUCCAUUAACUACAACCCUCUGUUGCUUGUCACUCAGCCACUGCCUUACCCAUUCAACAAUAUUGGAAUCCAAACUUAAAGAUUGCAGUUUAUUGAUAAGCCUUCUAUGUGCAACAGUGUCAAAAGCCUUACUGAAAUCUAGGUAAGCAAUGUCUACUGCACCACCCUGAUCUAUAAUUUUAGUUACCCAAUCAAAAAAAUCAAUAAGAUUAGUUUGGCAUGAUCUCCCUGAAGUAAACCCAUGUUGUCUCUGAUCUUGAAAUCCAUGUGUUUUAGAUGUUCAACAAUCCUAUCCUUUAACAUGGUUUCCAUCACUUUCCCCACUACUGAAGUAAGGCUUACUGGCCUAUAGUUGCCCGACUCCUCCCUAUUACCUUUCUUGUAAAUGGGCACAACAUUCGCUAACUUCCAAUCUUCUGGGACUACUCCUGUUAACAAUGAUUGGUUAAAUAAAUCUGUUAAUGUUUUUGCUAGUACACCACUAAGCUCUUUUAAUAGCUUUGGAUGUAUUCCAUCAGGUCCCAUUGACUUAUUUGUCUUUACUUUUGACAGUUGAAAUAGAACCUCUUCCUCUGUAAACUCACGUGUAAUAAAUGACUCAUUUAUCCUUUUUCUCAACUGAGGUCCCUUUCCUUCAUUUUCUAUCUGUAAAUACAGAACAAAAAUAUUCAUUGAGGCAGUCAGCCUGACCUUUAUCCUCUUCUACAUACCUUCCUUCUUUUGUUUUUAAUCUAACUAAUCCUUGUUUUACUUUUCUUUUCUCAUUUAUGUAUCUAAAAAAUGUUUUAUCCCCCUUUUUUACUGACUGUGCUAUUUUUUCUUCUGUGUGUGAUUUGGAAGCUCUUAUAACUUGCUUAGCCUCUUUCUGCCUAAUCUUAUAGAUCAUUUUGUCUUCCUCACUCUGGGUUUUUUAUAAUUCCUAAAUGCUAACUUUUUGUUUUUAACUAUUUUGGCCACAUCUGCGGAGUACCACAGUGGUUUCUUGAAUUUUUUGCUUUUACUGACAAGCCUAAUGCAAUUUUCUGUUGCCUUCAAUAGUGCAACUUUUAAAUAAUCCCAUUUCUCUUGGACUCCAUUUAAAUUGCUCCAGUCUGAUAAUGACUCCUCUACCCAUAUUCUAAUUUUAGAAAAGUCUGUUUUUCUAAAGUCUAAAACUUUUGUUUUUGUGUGGUGUGACUCAGUCACUGUUCUUAUAUUAAACCACACUGACUGAUGAUCACUGGAUCCUUAACUUUCACCUACAGUAAUAUCUGAUACCAAAUCUCCAUUUGUUAACACUAAAUCUAGUAUGGCUUCUUUACGAGUUGGCUCCUCAACAACUUGUUUUAGAGACAAUCCCAGUAGGUAGUUUAGAAUAUGUGUGCUCCUGGCACAAGUAGCUAAUUUUGUUUUCCAAUUUACAUCAGGAAGAUUAAAGUCACCCAUGAUGAUAACUUCCCCCUUCAUUGUCAUUUUAGCUAUUUCCUCAACUAGUAGAUUAUCUAACUCUUCAAUUUUUCCUGGGGUCCUAUAAAUCACACCUACACGAGUUACUGUGUGAUUACCAAAUUCUAACGUAGCCCAAACGGACCCUAUGUUUGCCUCACUAAGUUUUAUUAGGCUAGAUUUUAUGCUAUCCUUCACAUACAAGGCCACCCCUCCCCCUUUCUUGCCUUCCCUGUCUUUCCUAUAUAAAGAGUACCCUGGUAUUGCUAUGUCCCAGUCACUUUUCUCAUUGUACCAUGUCUUAGUAAGAUACACUAUAGUGCCAGCAAUACAAACAUGUAUUCCAAACACUAUAUAUUAAUGCUGUUUAUAUUUUGUAAAUGCAGUGUGGCAAAUAUAUGAAAGUUGUAUUCCUCAUUGGAUGGGUGUUUUAUAGCUGGUGGAUAUUGGGUUACCACAGAGUUUAUCUGUAAAUUGUGGUUGAGUACUAAAUGAGGUAAUGUAUAACCUUAAAUGGGCACAGGCUGACCCAUGUCCUAAAAUUCAGCACUGGCACGGUAGCACCUAUAGCCCAUCUCCUCUUCUGCAGCCCAGGUAACACAACAGAAAAUAUCAAGAGUACACAUUCAAGCAGGGCAUGCAGUGGUUGCAGGUUAGCCCAUCACUGAAGUCCAAGUCCACUUACACAUUCUUGGAGUUGCAGAAAGUUGGCUGCCAUUAAAGACCCAUUUUUGUAAAAGUGUCCAAAAAUUGUUUUACAUUGGCUAGGGGGAAUGAAGUUCGAAGACUAUUUGCAUCAUGACCACUACAAUGAAAUGUGUUGUUUGUGAAACUGUAUUACUACUAUUUUUUUCUGACAAUAAAACCACCCAUUCAUUUAUAACCACUUUAAGAAGAAAUAAAUAGAUGAACAUUGUGACAGAAUAAUAUCCAUAUAUCCUUAUCCAAUAUCAUGUGUGUAAUACAAUUUCUUUAAUAUAAACUGAGGUAAAACCUACCUUUUUCAUGGAAAACAAUUAUAAUGACUAUUUUUAUAACUGCAUCUGCUCCUUGACUGAUCUCUCACUGUAAAUACAUGCUAAUGUACCCUUUUAACUUGCUAUUUCUUGAAAGAUAUCUUUAUCAUUUGCAUUUUUAUUCACUACUUUUGGCAGCAGUUAUUUUAGUGAGUUUCAUUUUUGGCAGAUAACUCAUUCAGAAGGCAAAUAGGCUGGAAUGAUCAUUAGUACAAUUUUUUUCAUUUCACGUGCAGCAUGUUUAUACAAUUAUUUUUAAUGUAAUUGCUGCUUAUUCGUACAUGCCAAAAUAUUUGUAAUUCCACAUAUUGUGUAAAGUUCUAUUUAUCUACCUCUUAUGAAUCAGUAAAUCUCUUAGUAAUUUUAGAUUAUGUUGAACAAGACAUCAGUAGAAGUUAAGAAUUAAGGGCAUCAUAUGCAUGAGGAGAUUUUUUUGGACAAUGUAUGAACUGAUAAAUAAUUACAGUGGAAAGCAAUGAAAUGUUCAAUUUACUAAACAAUGUUCUGGAGCAUGCUGUAGUGGUUGUGGUGCUUUUAGUGCCGUGGUGUUCCUAUGGUGCUCUGGUGUCCCCCAGAGUAGGAAGUCAUACCCACUGCAAACAGUUUGACAACUUACCUAGGUUCCACUCGGCUUUGGUGACUUCCUCAAAUGACAGCUGGAAGCUCCUGCACAGAGCUUCUAUCAGAGCUCCUAAGCUAGAACUCAAUGCAGAGAACUGACAGCUCUAAUUGAGGAAAUAUAUUAUUAUACUAUGAAAAAAGUUGUUUGUUUUUUGGGGGGGGUUUUUUGUUUGUUUUUCAUUCAUUGUUCCACCGUACAUUUAGAUUUUAUUGAUUUGGGGGUAAAGAAGACAUUUUCUUUCCUAUUUUGUUGCAAAAUUGGAAGCCCUUCAGACUGGGUUUUUUGCCUUCUUUUGGAUCAACAGCAAAAACAUAUGUGAGGAAGGCUGAACUUGAUGGACACAAGUCUUUUUUCAGCUAUGUAACUAUGUAACUAUAUGAUGAUGUGCUUUAUAUAUAGCACAUGAGACGACAAUCCUGUUGAAACUUUUAAAAACAAGGUCUUCUGGUGCUACACUAAAAGCAAUGCUCAGAUAUGUGGGGAUAGAGACUGAGUUGUGUACUCCCAAAUUCAGGUUGUAUAUUGGUACACGUUAUGUUUAUGUCAUUGCAUGGUUCUGUAUCUUGUUCACCACUCAAUAGGUCUCACCACUAUCCCUGAUGGGCCCCCUCAGAUACAGUGGAUGUGAGAGUAAUCCAUCCCUGCCCCUAGCAGUGUUGUAUGGGUCACCUGGCCAACCCCAGGAUUCUCAUCUUCACACCUCGUACCUUCCCACCAACUCCCCAUUUGGGGGGACCCCUGUACCGUGGCCAGCAGACCACCCUUCCUUCACACAAAUCGCAUUUCAGAACACCCAAACCCAGGCUGGGAGCAUACAGACUUCAAUUCUGUUACCUCUUAAAAUCUUUAUGCAACUCAUACAGAUUUACUCCUGGUGGCCCACCCACAUGCACUAUUGAUUCAACUUAACACACCCACCAACUUUUUUUUUUUUCCCCUCUUUUUCCCCCUCUUUUUCUUUUUCUCUUUUUUUCCCCUUUUUUUCCCCCCUUCUUUUCUUUUUCCCCUCCCCCUUUCCCCUCUUUUCCCCUUCUUCCCAUUCUCUUUUCCUCCGGUUGGUCCCUCUCCCCCCUCCCCAUGUGUCCUGGUUAUAUCCCCUCCAUCUCCGCGGGGCCUCAUGUGUGUGUGGGCUCACAAGUCCCCAGGGGUGCGUUUAGAGCCCACCGGGCCCCCACUGACCUGUUCAGGCUCUGGCUGGACUACUCCUCUGGCCCCUCAGGGCCCCCUCUCCGGCGCGGUGGAUCGCCACGAUUCAGGCGGUCUUAUAGGGGCUAGCGGGUCUCUCCGUGUAGAGAUUGCUUCGUCGAGGAUCCAGUUUCGGAUUCUGAUCUGUGGUAGGCCAAGUGUUCUCUGAAAUCUCGGUACGUCCUCCGGCCAGCGGGCCGUCAGCCAGGUGUUACCGUGCCUCGCCUGUAAGCUAAAGGGAAAACCCCAGCGAUACGGGAUCCUUUUGUCUCGAAGGGCACUUGUCACCGGGCGCAAGGCUCUUCUGGCGUCUAGCGCUAGGCUGGAUAAGUCUUGGUAUAGUGAGACUUCUGCCUCGCGGUACCUGAUGCUGGGGAGCUCCCUUGCGGCUGCCAUUAUUUUAUCUCGCAGGCCACAUGUGGAGAUGCAGAAGAUCACAUCCCUGGGGCUGCCAUCUUGUCUCGCCGAGCCAAGAGCUCUAUGCGCUCGGUCGAAGUGUAUCGUGUCAGGGGCUUGUACCCCCAGGAGCUGCCUGAAUAGGUCGGUCAGCGUGGCGUGAAGCGAUUCUGUACCUGACUCAGGAAGGCUGCGGACUCUUAUGUUAUUGCGCCUGCUCCUAUUCUCCAGAUCCUCCACUUGUCUGCGCAUUGUGAGGAGCAUGUUCCCUUGUCUGGUAACAGCCACCUCCGUCGCCCUGUGCUGCUCUUCACAUCCGCAAGCUGUCGACUCCAUUUCAUCCACUCGUUGCUCUAGCGCUGUUAGAUCAGAGCGGAGGCCUGCAAGCUCUUCACGCAGUGCCGCCCGGAGUUCUUGUACUAGGGAGCCCGUGUCCGACUUGGACAGCAUGUUGGUGGAGAUUUGGGUUAGUUCGGCUCGGAUCCGAGCUAGGUCACUCGCCUGGGUGUCCUCCGCCAGGGAAUCCCCCGCACUCUCCGAGCCCGGAGAGGCGGGCGCCAUCUUGGAUGCAUGCUGCUGUCCCCUUAGAUCCAAUGGCGUAGCUAUAAAAUCAUCCAUCGGUCCCGUGCAUCGGCGAGGGUAGCUGACACCCGCCGACUCUAGAGCUAGGUGCUUUUUAUUCCGGACCAUUAUCUGCCAUUUUGUCGCUAUUUUUUGCUGAUUAGUCGGCCAGGGGUGCGGAGCUCGUUCACUGUGCGUCCUGCACCAUGCUCGUCCAGGCCACGCCCCGUCCCACCAACUUCUUAGGUAAAGUCGACGAGUUCUCCACCUCUAUAACCAUCCUUCACGAAUGAAUACGCACUAACCUCAAGAAUAAAUUGUUAUUCGACAAAGCUUAUAUAACUAAGCCACAGUGAACCCACUAACUUUCACAGCGGUGUCGGUGUAGAGUGUUCCCUGCAGACUCAGGUUAAUCUCAGGGAUCAACACCAGCGCUAGUACCCUUAGUCGUGAUAACUACACUAUAUCGCUCAAAACAUUCACGUCAAUAUUAUUGUACCGUAUAUAGUUCUUCUUAUUAUUUUUUAUUUACCGUUAUCUUAACCAUUUUGUUUUUGCAUUUCUUUCUCCGCAAGCCACAAACCCAAGGGAUUCAUGGUCUUGAGGUCCGGAGUGAAACUCCCAGCACACACCCAAAAUCCCAGUUUAACCACGCACAUGUCAACCAUAACGGUAGUCUUGCUAAAUACCAGGGGCCUAAACACUCCUGAAAAAAGGCGAAUCACUUUAAUGCAGAGGUGGUCUUUCUCCAAGAGACCCAUUUUUGCAAAGACUCUGCACCGAUAAUAUGAGAUAGGCGUUAUCCCAUAGGAUACUUUAGUAAUUACACCUUAUCCAAAUCAAGGGGGGUGGCGAUCCUUCUGGGGGCCACUGUACCAUUCACCUACAAGGACCACAAAGUAGACGACAAUGGCAGGUACCUAUUUGUGAAGGGGCUAAUUGGCAACACACUAGUGACUUUUGUGAAUAUAUACCUCCCGAACAGAAAACAAGGACGCUCAAUGAGUAAAAUACUAAACACCCUAGAACAAUUUACAGAAGGCCUCCUGCUUAUGGGGGGGGGGGGGCUUCAACAUAUCACUGGACAGCUCGCUAGACUCCACAUCUGCCUCACAUGUGUAUCAGAUUCCCACACGCAAACAAAUACACACUAUCCUCAACACUGCUCAACUCUUUGAUUGUUGGCGGGUACUACAUCCAGCAGCGAGAAACUAUUCGAGUAAUCACUAUAUGCGAAUUUCGAAUGUACCAUCUGUAUACUGCAUAUUGCCAAACUUUCAGUCCUAAAAUGUAUACCUUGUACUCGUAUGCUUUCUGUCAAUAAAGAACUAUUUAAAAAAAAUAGCAGCAAGGCCCAGUGAACACAUUGGCUGAUCUCCCAUAAUAAAGUAAUGACAAUGGUAUCUCCUCAAAUAAUUAGGUAAGGAAGGAAGGUAUUGGGUUAUGAUGUUAGAGUUAAGAUUAGUAUAAUAUGGCCACAUAUAUGGUGUGCAUAUAUAUAUAAAGAGAGAGAGUGUGUGUGUGUGUGUGUGUGCCUGUGUGUGUGUGUCAGAGAGAGAGAGAGAGAGAUUCAUUUUAGCUGUGUGAAAACUUCUAAUCAUAACAAAAACUACAGAAACAAAUCAAUUUAGUUGAGAACUUUGUUAGUGAGGGUUCACGGUGCUUUUAUUAGAGCUGAAAUUCGCUGCCUCUCUUUGAAGCAAUUUCUUUUUAAAAAUCUUGUUAAGUUAAAUUAAAGACCUGAUUCCAUUAAUGGUGAAUCACUUAGCAUUGGCUUUAGUUUUAAAUGUUCCAUCAUUGGCUACGUGAGAAUCCAAAAAAAGAACGUCAAUGGGAGAUUUUGCUUUCUGUAGAUGUCCACAAUAAGAUAAUCUUAAGGAGUUUGUUUUGUAUAAUUUCAAUUACAAGCUGUAUGUGAAGGGAUAUAAAACUCGCUUUCUCUCCAUACUGAAGUACGGGUAACAAUAGAUUUGUAUAUUUAGUCCCUUAUCUGGAUGAUAACAGGCUGCCAAGGUGGGAAUUAUUAUCUACAGCAAACAAUUUUCAUUGUCGUUUUAGAUAAAUCAUACUUAAUAGGAUUGUUAUGAAUGAAACGUGUCGGCAUGCUUCCUGUGUAUGAUGUCCUGUUAGAAGAUAUGCCUAAUGAAGCCGUUCUGUAGAGAUGAAAGAAAUAUAUCACAGUGUGCCACUUACUUGGUCAUACAGAGAUGAAUAGCUCUGUAUCAAAUAAUUAUCAAUCCUUUGACAAUUGUAUACCUGAGAAUUAACUGGGACUCUUCAACAAAAGAGUUUGGGCAGUGGGUUGCUUUUUUUUUUUUUACUUUAAAGUUUCACAAAAUCUUGCAUCCCAUCGAGAGACAUUCUGCCAGGUAUAGAAAUUCCUAUUAAUCUUUUGCUCCUGUCUCUUUCUAUAUGGCAACAGUGCAGUAAGUACAGAGAUGGCAAUGUGGACUGUGUGAAUAUGAACAGAGAUCGUUAUAAAUUUUUUUAUGUAUAAAAUUACAUACUCAGUCGAGAUUUAUUUUUUCUACCACAGAGAUCUCAAUGUCCUCUUUAAAGUAUCUCAUCACUAAUGGUUAAUGUGUGUAGAUAGUAAAGUACUGCAAUUAAAAGCAUCAAAGAAGAACCUAUAAAAAUAUCCGCCAAAGUUCUCAUCUUCUCGAUUUCGUUGGUGGUUCAGUCAGUGUGUGAGAUCCCUCCUCCUUUAUUGUACGUGAUUCUUGCUUUUAAUUUCAGUAUUUUACUGGUUACAUAUCCAGGUCCCUAAAAAAGUCUUCUAGAUAGGGCGAAAUGCAUAGGACCUAGUUUUUUUGUUUUAUUUUAUGUCACAGAGUUUACCUGGCAAUUGUGAUUUUAAAUAAGUAAUUCAAACAUUUCAAAAAUAAUUUUAUUGUGAAUCCCUAAUGAGAUUUAUUUGCGUCUGGUAAAAUGCUGACAUUCUAGGUCUAGUGGAAACAAUGAUAUCUAGGUCCGCAGGGUAUCAGGGAGGCCCCUUGGAGCUUUAUGUUUCUCUAUUUUUCCUGUGAGUGCAAUCCUUCUUGUGAGCAUUUUUAUUUUUAAAGCAAUAUCAUGUUAUUUUUUAUUUUCACUUUUAAAGAUUUAAACUGUAUGCCCUAUUGUGUUUGUUGGUAUAUCUGCUUAAUAUACCACCAAGCCUCACCAUUAUUGUAUUUGAGAUAUGACAAGGCAGGAAAUGUGCUUCAAAAACAGCUUUGAUGCCUCGAGGCAUGGACUUCACAAGACCUCUGAACAUGUUUUAUGGUAUCUGGCUCCAAAACAUUAGUAGCAGAUCAUUUAAGUCCUGCAAGUUGUGAGGUGGGGCCUCCAUGGAUUGGCAACACCUUUAACUCCUUGUCAUGUUCCUCAAAUCAUUCCUGAAAUUUUUUUGCAGCAUGGUAGAAUGCAUUAACCUGCUGUAGGAGGCAACUGCCAUCAGGGAACACCACUGUGGUACUCCGCAGAUGUGGCCAAAAUAGUUAAAAACAAAAAGUUAGCAUUUAGGAAUUAUAAAAAAACCCAGAGUGAGGAAGACAAAAUGAUCUAUAAGAUUAGGCAGAAAGAGGCUAAGCAAGUUAUAAGAGCUUCCAAAUCACACACAGAAGAGAAAAUAGCACAGUCAGUAAAAAAGGGGGAUAAAACAUUUUUUAGAUACAUAAAUGAGAAAAGAAAAGUAAAACAAGGAUUAGUUAGAUUAAAAACAAAAGAAGGAAGGUAUGUAGAAGAGGAUAAAGGUCAGGCUGACUGCCUCAAUGAAUAUUUUUGUUCUGUAUUUACAGAAGAAAAUGAAGGAAAGGGACCUCAGUUGAGAAAAAGGAUAAAUGAGUCAUUUAUUACACAUGAGUUUACAGAGGAAGAGGUUCUAUUUCAACUGUCAAAAGUAAAGACAAAUAAGUCAAUGGGACCUGAUGGAAAAGAGCUUAGUGGUGUACUAGCAAAACCAUUAACAGAUUUAUUUAACCAAUCAUUGUUAACAGGAGUAGUCCCAGAAGAUUGGAAGUUAGCGAAUGUUGUGCCCAUUUACAAGAAAGGUAAUAGGGAGGAGUCGGGCAACUAUAGGCCAGUAAGCCUUACUUCAGUAGUGGGGAAAGUGAUGGAAACCAUGUUAAAGGAUAGGAUUGUUGAACAUCUAAAAACACAUGGAUUUCAAGAUCAGAGACAACAUGGGUUUACUUCAGGGAGAUCAUGCCAAACUAAUCUUAUUGAUUUUUUGAUUGGGUAACUAAAAUUAUAGAUCAGGGUGGUGCAGUAGACAUUGCUUACCUAGAUUUCAGUAAGGCUUUUGACACUGUUGCACAUAGAAGGCUUAUCAAUAAACUGCAAUCUUUAAGUUUGGAUUCCAAUAUUGUUGAAUGGGUAAGGCAGUGGCUGAGUGACAGGCAACAGAGGGUUGUAGUUAAUGGAAUAUAUUCGAAGCUUGGACUUGUCACCAGUGGGGUACCUCAGGGAUCUGUACUUGGACCCAUUCUCUUUAAUAUUUUUAUUAGUGAUAUUGCAGAAGGUCUUGAUGGUAAGGUAUGUCUUUUUGCUAAUGAUACUAAGAUAUGUAACAGGGUUGAUGUUCCAGGAGGGAUAAGCCAAAUGACAAAUGAUUUAGGUAAACUAGAAAAAUGGUCAGAAUUGUGGCAACUGACAUUUAAUGUGGAUAAGUGCAAGAUAAUGCAUCUUGGACGUAAAAACCCAAGGGCAGAGUACAGAAUAUUUGAUAGAGUCCUAACCUCAACAUAUGUGGAAAGGGAUUUAGGGGUGAUUAUUUCUGAUGACUUAAAGGUAAGCAGACAAUGUAAUAGAGCAGCAGGAAAUGCUAGCAGAAUGCUUGAUUGUAUAGGGAGAGGUAUUAGCAGUAGAAAGAGGGAAGUGCUCAUGCCAUUGUACAGAACACUGGUGAGACCUCACUUGGAGUAUUGUACACAGUACUGGAGACCGUAUCUUCAGAAGGAUAUUGAUACCUUAGAGAGGGUUCAGAGAAGAGCUAUUAAACUGGUUCAUGGAUUGCGGGAUAAAACUUACCAGGAAAGGUUAAAGGAUCUUAACAUGUAUAACUUGGAGGAAAGACGAGACAGGGGGGAUAUGAUAGAAACAUUUAAAUAUAUAAAGGGAAUCAACACAGUAAAGGAGGAGACUAUAUUUAAAAGAAGAAAAACUACCACAACAAGAGGACAUAGUCUUAAAUUAGAGGGGCAAAGGUUUAAAAAUAAUAUCAGGAAGUAUUACUUUAUUGAGAGGGUAGUGGAUGCAUGCAAUAGCCUUCCAGCUGAAGUGGUAGAGGUUAACACAAUAAAGAAGUUUAAGCAUGCGUGGGAUAGGCAUAAGGCUCUCCUAACUAUAAGAUAAGACUAGUGACUAAUGAAAGUAUUUAGAAAAUUGGGCAGACUAGAUGGGCCGAAUGGUUCUUAUCUGCCGUCACAUUCUAUGUUUCUAUGCAAUGAAGGAGUGUAUGUGUUCAAUCUUUAGGUAGGUGGUACAUGUCAAAGUAACAUCCACAUGAAUGCCAGGAUCCAAAGUUUUCAAGGAGAACAUUGCCCAGAGCAUAACACUGCCUCUGCCGGCCUGCCUUCUUGCCAUAGUGCAUCCUGCUACCAUCUUUUCUCCAAGGAAACGAUGCACCCGGACAUCCACAUAAUAAAGGAAAACUUGAUUAGGCAACCUUCUUCCUUUGCUCAAUGACCCAGUUCUGACACUCCCGUCCCCAUUGAAGGCACUUUCUGUAGUUGACAGGACUCAUCAUGGGAACUCUGGCCUGUCUGCUACUUCGCAGUCCCAUAUGCAGCAAACUGUGAUGCACUGUGUGUUCUGACACCUUUCUAUUAUAGUCAGCAAUUUGUCAGCAAUUUGAGCUACAGUAUCUCUUCUGUGAUCAGACCAGAUUGGCUAGCCUUUGCCCCUCAUGUUCUAUCAAUGAGCCAUGACCCUGAUGUCAGUUUCCCGGUUGUACUUCCAUACAUCAACUUUGGUAGGUACUAACCACUGCAUACUAGGAACACACUACAAGACUUGAAGUUUUGGUGAUACUCUGACCCAGUCAUCUAGCCACCACUAUUUGAUCCUUGGCAAAGUCACUCAGAUCUCUUCACUUAUCUAGUUUUCCAACACACACAAAAAAAUCAAGAACUGACAGUUCGCUUAUCCAACCUCUUGACAGGUGUCAUUGUAACAGUAUAAUCAAUGUUAUUCAGUUCACCUGUAAGGUUUGGUGAAUCUUUUAAGCUGAUCAGUGUAAAAAUCCAUGUGCAUAUACGAUUAGACAGCAGCUUCAUAUGAUUUAAAUGUUACUAUAGACGAACUCUAACAGCACUGAGAUAAUACAUUAAUAUUAGCAUCAUUUUGUGUUUUUACAGGAAACAGCUGACCUCCCAAGAGAAAGGAUUUUACAAAAACUUGCAGAUGCCAUUGAGUAUAAACUAACUCAACAACACACUGCGUCAAUUGAGAAGAGCAUUUUGAGAACACAGCCAGAAGUAGGUAUUAAAAAAUAAAGAUUUGAGAAAAACAGAUCUAUGGAAACAGAACCGCUCAAACCUUCGAGUGUAUUGGUUUUGUAUCAUCAUUUGGAUUACCUAAUGAAAACUAAACUAUUUAUAGAUAUUUCUAAAAUGUAACAUAAUAACUGAUAUACAAUUAUUUUAUAUGAUCAUUAGUGAGUUUGAACUGAGAUAUCAUAUAAUGGGAGGCAUGAUUGUUUUUAUGUUUUUAUACACUAUGACAUUCUGCAUUGUUAGUAUUAUUCUUAAUAAGGAGAGAAUUAAAUUGACUACCGUGUUUUUUGAUAUCUUGUUUAGCAUACAGAGAGGAGUAAAAAAUAAACAAGGUUUCUUUUUCUCUUGUUCAUUUGCAGUGUUUGCCUUGUCCGAACUGAAUUAUGAUGUAAUUUGUCUAAAUCAUUAAAAUGCAUUUAAAACCAAACAAAGCAACUCUUGUAAAAAAGUCUGUGUGUGUGUGCUUGAGCUUGUCUGUGUGUGUGUGUGUGUGUGUGUGUGUCUGCUGGUGAGUGAGCUUGUCUGUGUGUGUGUGUGUGUGUGUGUGUGUGUGUGCUUGUCUGUGUGCCUGCUAGUGAGUGAGCUUGUCUGUGUGUGUGUGUCUGCUAGUGAGUGAGCUUGUCUGUGUGUGUGUGUCUGCUAGUGAGUGAGCUUGUCUGUGUGUGUGUGUGUUUGCCUGCUAGUGAGUGAGCUUGUCUGUGUGUGUGUGUGUGCCUGCUAGCGAGUGAGCUUGUCUGUGUGUGUGUGUGUGUGUGUCUGCUAGUGAGUGAGCUUGUCUGUGUGUGUGUGUGUCUGUUAGUGAGUGCUUGUCUGUGUGUGUGUGCCUGCUAGUGAGUGAGCUUGUCUGUGUGUGUGUGUGUGUGUCUGCUAGUGAGUGAGCUUGUCUGUGUGUGUGUGUGUGCCUGCUAGCGAGUGAGCUUGUCUGUGUGUGUGUGUGUGCCUGCUUGUGUGUGUGUGUGUGUGUGUAAAUGAGUUUGUGUGUGUGUGUAUGCCUGCUAGUGAGUGAGCUUGUCUGUGUGCAGGGCCGGUGCAAGGAUUUCUGUCGUCCUAAGCAAAGAUCUAUUUUGCCUCCCCUUCAUGUCACUCACUGACAGACACACACACGCUGUCACACAUACACUCACUUAUUGACACACACACACAGAAGCUCACCGACAGACACUCAAUCACUGACAGACACAAACACACACAGACACUCACUGACAUACAUACCCACUCACUCACUGACACACACUCACUCAAUGACAGACAAACACACACACACACACACACACACAGACACUUACUGAGACAUACACACACUCACUGACAGGCAUUCACUCACUGACAUACACACUCACACAGACACUCACUGACAGACAUACACUCCACUCAGUCAUUGACAGACACACACAUUCACUGACAGACAUAUACUCACUCACUGAGAGACAGACACACACACAGACAGACACUCAGUGACAGACACACACACACUCACUGACAAACACUUAAACACUCACCUCCCUAGGAUCCAGUGUGGGGCAGCUCCUCACUCCUCCCGCCCGCCGUUUAGUAUGCCGGGCCGGAAUGAUGUCAUAUUCCGGCUCACGGCAUCACAGAGGGCGCGUGAGGGAGGAGUGAGAGGCUGCAAGAACAGCCUCCCUUGCCGCCUUCUCCUUCCCCCCUCUCCUCCGGUCACCGGGAUUUGAUGGCAGAGCAGGCACCUGUCAUCAAGGUAAGAAGGUGCCUGCACUGCCAUACUGUGACAGGGCUCUUCUGGGCGCCCCCACCUUCGGGUGCCUGGAGGAGCAGCCCAGUGCUGAGGGGGGGCGGCUCUAGAGCCGCACGCCCAGCGCUGCGGCCCAAGUCAGGGUGAGCCCACCAGGAAAUUCCGGGUGGGCGCCCCCAGCAGGCCAGCGCCCUAGGCGAAUGCCUAGUUCACCUAAUGGUGGCGCCAGCCAUGUCUGUGUGUGCCAGCUAGUGAGUGAGCUUGUCUGUGUGUGUGUGCCUGCUAGUGAGAGAGCUUGUGUGUGUGUGUGUGUGUGUGUGUGUGUGUGCCUGCUAGUGAGUGAGCUUGUAUGUGUGUGUGUGUGUGUGUGUGUGUGUGUGCCUGCUAGUGAGUGAGCUUGUCUGUGUGUAUGUGUCUGCUAGUGAGAGCUUGUGUGUGUGCCUGCUAGUGAGUGAGCUUGUGUGUGUGUGUGCAUUCUAGUGAGUGAGCUUGUGUGUGUGUGUGAGCUUGUCUGUAGUAAGCUUGUGCGUGUCAGAGUUUGUCUGUACUACAUUUGUGUGUGUAUGCCAAUAAGCUUGUCUGUGCAUGUCAGUGAGAUUGUCUGUCAGUGAGCCUAUUUGUGUGCAUCUGUAAACUUGUGUAUUUAUGUCAAUGAGCUUAUAUAUAUCAGUGAGUAUGUUUGUCUAUGACACUGUGUAUCAAUUAGCUUGCGUAUGUCAGUGAGAUUGUCUGUGUCUGCAUGUGAGUAUGCUUACUGUAUUAUUAAAUGUUUGACUCUGAAAGGAAUAUUUUAUAUUAGAAAAAACAAAUAUAUAUAUAUUGACCAAUAAUAUAAGGGGCUAUGUCUUACCACCCCAGAUGAUUGAGUCAUAUAUAAAUACAUAUAUAUAUAUAUAUAUAUAUAUAUCAUCUGGGGUGGCAAGACAGAUAAUAUAUGUAUUUAUAUAUGACUCAAUCAUCUGGGGUGGCAAGACAUAGCCGUACGUAUUACAUGUGACAAUACGUGGCUCAAAGACUUAUGGGGCUAGCAUAGAUUUUUUUUUUCCAGGGCUGCUUUGUAUCCCCAGUCCAGCCCUGUAUGUACUGUUAAUUACCCUAUUGUAUGCAAAUGACCCUCUGUGGGCAUGAAUACCUCUGCAUAGCUGCAAUAAAAUUUGUUUUUGUCCCCAGCAUUAUGUGUUCUCGUGUCUGUGAGGAGCUAUAAUCACUGAAGUCAGCUUUUUUCCUAGAAAUAAAAACUACAACUGAGGUACUCAGCCUGAGUACUGAGCUCUGUUACAACCCCUUUUAAUGUAAUAUCAUCAUACAAAAUCAGGAGCUAUGUGCGUGAGAUAGUUGGAAGUCAUUUUAUUUGUGCAAGCAAAUGGAAGCCGAUAUUCAUUUCCAUUCCAUUAGGAUAAUUUUUGUGUAAGGAGAAUAUCGUGACAUCAGGGCCAGAAUAGCCAGUAGACAUUGUAGGCACCCUCCUACGAGAGCAUGUACUUCUCUGCAUUUAGAACCUUAUGAUUAUAGCCACUGGUGCCCCCUGCCAUCCAUGACAAAAACAUAGUUUCAAGUGUCUAGGGAGAAAGCCAUGCAAAAGAGAUUAGGAGGGAAUGCUACCUCUUACUACUUCUCCGUUCAGAAAUGCCUAAUGGCCACUCACCCAUAUUUCAUGCAAGAAAGCUGCCUGCAAGCAUUUCUUAUAGCUCUUCACAUCGCUAUUUGAAGGACCACCAGGCUGGCUUCUUGUGGUGGUUUUGCUAAAUACCAACCAAAUCACAGAUCAUGCCAGGUACCAGGAUGUCCCCAGCAUCAGAACAGAGCAAUGAUAGAGGUGUUCCAUAAUCCAGAUAUCUGUGCAAGUACAGAGAAAAAUCCCUGCUUCAUAUUAGUCUCCAGGGAUGAGGCCCACUUUUCUAUGUCAAGAUUCUAAGAGAAGCUAUUGUCUUCUUAAAAAAAUAUACCAUCACCCGCCAGGUUGACUUUUUAGUGUCCUUCUUCAUAACAUUGCUAGUAUCAGCUCUUAUCCUUCCCCGGUCCCCCCCAUCUAGUGGUCUCCACGGGUCUUGCACACCUCUUCCCCCUCCCCAAUCUCCACUUUUUGUUUCCUUCCCUGUCCCUCUGUUAGCCCCCCCAGCCACUUUCUUUAAGUACCCAAUGGAAUGCAACUCUCCCCAAUAACUUCUAAAAUCAUGUAUAACCCCCUCUAUAAUAGCAACCCUGAAAUGCAUAAUACAUGUUUUCUGUUUUGCGGUGGAUGGAGAGAUGCAUGACAUCGUACUGACAAGAUAUGAAACUAGGAUGAAACCCACAUGAUGCAUGUUUUUAGUGAUGUUCUAUGAUGUUCUUAAAAAGAGGACUCAAGAAAUUAUUCAGAAUGGUGAGCAACUGAGUGACCACUAGGGACAGCACUUUCACUAGAGAGAUGUAGUAUUAUUUCCUGCUGGUGUCGGGAACUGGGGAUAAAGCAAGUGAGGCAUUAUUUUUAGCAUUUCUUUCUUGGUGCUUCACUAACAUUAAAACUGUUAUGCAAUUGUAGAACAAGCCAUUCUUUUAAUUUUUAAACAACACAAAAGAAGGAGCAGCUCAUCAUUCGAGCAGCUCUGUAAAGACGUUAUUAAGGCAUAAAGUAAUCAAAGAGAAAAUUCAUACUCCUCUUCAUAUUUUGCUGGAUAGGCCAGUCUGUGUUAUCUUGAAUGUCUAAUCAGGAAUUUGGAGCUUCUAACAUUUCCUUUCUAUACACGUACAGUCAAAAGCAUCUCUACGCAGGAAAUAUUAACCCAGCAAUAGAUCAGUUCCGUCAUUUAAGUAUCAUGAAAUGAUUCCUUAUAUGCCCAUCUCGGUAAUCUAAGCAGGCAUCUAGAACAGAUAACACAUUUAAAGAAAUCCUCUAAUAAACAAAAUAUAGUUUUAAAUUUUUUUUUUUUAUAAUAUUAGAUCUGUUCAUUAUUGUUAGGUGUAUGUAUUUUAAUUCAACACCAAUAUACUAAUCAAUGAUAUGUAUUUAUUUUUUUCAAUUAAGAGGGAACAAAGACCCUCACCCUCCUUCAGUUUAUCUUUGAGCAGUCAUGAAGAUUGGGCCCUCCACAUCACUGUAAAUAGAAGGAUUGUUACUAUUACUGCUGGAGUUUUUCUAUUUUGAAUUCUCACAUUGGGUGUGAAAGGAGAGGUGGUUCACAUGUUUCAUAAACCAUUACUCCUGUAAAUGAAGUGAUAUAGUGAGUCUUAUGGUACUAUUGAAACACCACGCCCUCUCUUCUGCACAUACAAGAAAUCAUUACAAAACAUUUAUUGAUGCCUGUGACGGAUAUAUGUUCCCGCUCCUCUGGUGUCAAAAGCUUGCUCCGAACAUUAACUAAUGGACGCUGAGGUUGCCAGACAUUCAUACCAUGGAAGCCAUGGUUCUCUUAAUUUUACCACAGAAAAAUAGGUAGCUAGCUUGUCUCUGUGGAUCCAAUACAUUUCCAGUCAACAAUCUUAACUGAUGGACUUCAUCCUCCCAACAAUGGGCUCAAUAACUCUCCGCCUGCCAGCAACACCCUUUAUUUAUUUCUGAUUCUCCUUUCUACUUCUCUUUUCUACUUUCUACCUCCUCCAGGGAUGUAUUUACCACAAGGCAAACAAGGCAUUUGCCUAGGGCGGCACUUUCGGGAGGCACAAAAUGCAAACCCAAGCUCCCAGACAAAUGCCUUGCUUGCCUUGCUUGCCUUGUGUUCUGGGGCUGUCCACCUUACUGUGAGUGAGUGAGUGUAGCUGUCAGUGUGUGUCUGUGAGUGAGUGAAAGUGUGUGUGUCUUUCAGUGAGAAUGGGUGUGCCUGUGAAUGUGUGUCAGUGUGUGUAUGUCAUUUUAUGUGUAUCUGAGAGUGUGUGCCUGUCAGUGUGUGUCUGUCAGUGAAAGUGUGUGUUGGUUAAACAGUGUGUGCCAAUGACUGCAUGUGUGUGCCAAUGACUGUGUAUCUGUCAGUGAGUGUAUAUCAGUGCAUGUAUCAAUGAGGUCAUGUGUCUGUCAGUCAAAAAAAUGGCCUUGACACGAAUUGGUGGGUCAAAUUUAGAUUUUGGGGGUGCCCGAAUGUAGUCAUACCUAGAGCAGCACAAAUCCAAAAUACACCACUGACCUCCCCUCCUCUUUCUUCUCACUCGCACACCUUUUCCAUGUCCCUAAUGUCUCUUGUGCUUCUCUCCCUGUGCCUUUUCUCAGGGAUGGGUUUGCCCUCUCCUCUCCUGGGGUAUUGAUUCAUUAUUGAGAGGUGGAACCUAAUGUUUUUUUUAUUUUUUUAUUAUACUAUUAUGUCGAUACUGUUGUUUACCCUUCUGUGAGAGGAUCUUCCAUUCCAUUUCCUGUUUCUGUGUUCUUGUAUUUUGUCUCACUUGACCUGUACUACUUUGUAUGGAAAAUUGACAAAUAAAAGUUUGUUAAAAAAUAAGUGAGUCUUUACUCUUUCAUGGCUAUUAGAGUGUCAAGGGUACUAUGACUAUUUCUAUUUAUAUAUUUAUUCAUUAUAGUUUUUCUGUUACAUUGCAUACUUGACUUUUUUUUAACUUGAUUAUUCAUUAGUUGAUUCAAUGAAUUUCAGCUGUAUAUUUUUACAAAAUUUACUUCAGUAAUGUGUAAGGCUGGACAUUAGAGUUCUGCAUAUUUGGAAUUAUUAUACCUAGUGCAUAACAUUAAAGAAUGAACAAAAAAAAUAUAUGUGUUCUUUCAGAAAUGAAAAACUCUCAGAUUCCUGUCCCAGUUCAAAAAAUAUCCAUAAUUCUCUGGGGCAGCAGUAAUCAAUGAAACACUGUCGAAAUUACAAUAGUAAAAUGUGCUUAUAAUUCAGAGAAGGCAAGAAACUCUAAUAUAAACGAUAAGAAUGCAGGAUUAUAAUUGUAUCUAAUGUUGUCUGUCAAAUAUAUAAUAAAAACCUUGCCUUUUCCACAGCCAUCUCCUAGCAACAGUAUUAAUGAUGCCUACAAAUCAUUCACCUCUCAAUAUCAUGAAUCUUGGUGAGUUACAGAAAUAGUGCGAUUAAACAAUAAAUUCCUGAGCUGGGUGGUUUGGAAAUAACCUUGAGAUUUAGAGCCUUCGGUGCCAGGUCUCAGACUUCUAAGCCAGCUAAGAUCAAUUGUGAUUUGAGGUUUUAAAUCUAUCAGGAGAUCUUAAGGAUACCAGUGGUCUCGGUUCAGAUUCCAUUAUACAGCUAAAAUCCAGAGCAGAUUAAAGGAUGCAAGAUAUAAUCAGCUAUGCACUGCUGUAAAAAUGUAGAAUAAAUUUAGAAAAGUACCACGCAACUCUCCAUCAUAGCCACUAGGUGUCACAUUAAAAAGCCUUUUCUGUCUACUCCAUGACACAUUUCUCUCAUUAUAUUUUAAUUCCACAGACAUUUGAAAUAUUAGCACCAUUACAAAGCCGCCGUUUACUCUUUUAAUUUUGCCAUUAUUACAAUAAUAAAGAAUUUAAAUCCUUGGCUUAAAUUACCAUUUUCAAGUUGGGAUCGUUAGAUGAUUUUCCCAGAAUCACAGUUCAUGUGAAGCAGAAUUAUGACAUUCUUGGAAACUUGAUUUGUUUGUUUUUACAUUAGUUGAAUUUGUGAUGGUCAUGAAUACAAAACUAAUGUGUAACUUAUUUUAGUCAUAUUAAAAUCAUAUAGGUAUACUUGGGGUUUAUAUUUUGUAAAUACAACAUCUAAUUUAAAGGAACACUAUAGGCACCCAUACCACUUCAGCUCAUUGACGUGGUCUGGGUGCAGUGUCCCAGGUCCCUUAACCCUGCAAUGAUAAUUACUGCUGUUUUUAAUAACCUGCAAUAAUUACCUUUGUGGGUUAACUCCACCUCUAGUGGCUGUCUACCAAACAGCCACCAGAGGGACUUCCGGGUCGUUAGGCAACUUUUGGUCACCUGAAUCUAAAUGUCCUCACACUAUACAUUAGGAUGUACAGCAUCAACCGAAACCCAAUAGUAAAGCAUUGUAUAAUGAUUUCCUAUAGGGGAAGUCCCAAAGCGAGCACAUCCAUUGCCACGCAUGUUCAUUAGGUCUCCCCCGCCAGCUGACAUCAGCGGAGGAGGAGCCCGAGCGCUAGACUCAGGUAAGUGACAGAAGGGAUUUUUAAUCACUUCUGCACCACCACAUUUUAUUGGAAAACAGUGCUUUAAAAUUCAUUGGGAAAGCUGAGUAACUGCAAUUUGUACUCAUUAUAAACAAUAUACAUGAGUAAAAUUCAAUAUAUUGAAAACUUCAAUAUGUCAGUGUUUGACCUUUGGUCAUUUAAGUCUGUGCCCAAAACAGCAGAUGGGGUGCAAGUCAUCUUCCUAUUCUAUGGAAAGUGCACACUUCCAGUUGUGUUAAACAAAUUCUCCCAUAAUGCUUUGCCAGAAAAGCAUUAUGGCAAUGCCUACUUGACAAGGAUGGCAAUGUAUGCGGAGUUAAACACACUCCGAUACAGAAUGACACUUAUACAUAGUGCCAUGUUUAGCUGUACAAACACUUCUCUUCAUCCUUUCUUGCACCUUUUUCUCAAAUAAAUACAUUCAGUAAAGUUCCAUGUGUGUAAAUACACACUUAUGUAUAUGUGAGUAAGAAUUGGAUUCAUAUGGACAUGUGUAGCCAUUGUUUGCUAUGUGAUGAAGCCAAAGAGGAUGAUAUAAACAGUUCUGUACAUUACGCAUUCACAUGCAUUCACACAUAUUACAUGCAGACCUAUGCAUUCACACAUAUGUACAUACACGCACUUUGCAUACGUAUAAAGUGAACGUUUAAAUGCAAGCAUGCUUAAUUGUUACAAUUUUUAUGUGAGUCUACCUUAGAUUUGGCAACAAAACAUCUAAAUGCAUUAAUGGGAGUUGAAACUGGGUAGAAUGUAUUUAUUGUUUAGUCUGAUAGUAAUAUAAUAUAAAGGCAAUACUAAAGUGCAUGAUGUCUCAUCCUGUGAAUAAAAUGAUGUUUGACUAUCAUUUGAAUGUUUACCUCUUCUGUGUACUCUAUGAAAGACAACAAUUGUCAAGCUCCAUCGGGAGUAUACAAACAAAGCUUAAUGAGCUUGUUAAUGUUUGUCAAAAUGAAAUCCCACCACAUAGCUAAUUUCUGUGUGCAUGAUACUGUGAGGCAAACUAUGGGUUAUACAUAUAUUUUUAGUGAUGCACCAACGGGGCAAUAGAAAAAUAAGUACUUCCAAUUAUGUAAAGAGAGGUUGUGCUAAAUGAGCAAAUUUGUUUUAUAAUUGAUUUCAAGCGCUAAAUAUCGAAUCAUACAAUAACCCUUUGCAUGCAGAAAAAUGGGCAACAUACACCGUUUUGUGAAACUAUUUUCUCUCAAAUGUGCAUUAGCCAAAAAAAUAAAAAUGCAAGUGGCUAGUGGUAGUGUCUAGCUAUCAUCCAGAACAAAAGUUCCAGGGUUUAGAUAGUACUCUCCAGAGUAUCUUGAGCUUUUUAGAGUUUUUAGUGCUGGUCAAUAAUCCUUCCUCCAAGCUAUACUGCUGAGCUCUCUGAAUGUUCUACAGACUGCAGUUGGACUGUCAUUGUUUUUUAUUAUGUCAUCAAGUAUGGGUGAAGAACGGAAUACAUUCUGUAAUAUCUUUUACAAUAUUUCAAAGGACUUUGGACUUUACAACUUUGAAAGUAUUAAACAAUAGACUUGUGCACUGCCCAAAAAAAUUUGUUCUUUCAAAUUUGCAUCGGUUCAGAUUUCUUUUUGGUUCCGAAGAAUGUCACUCGAAAAAUGUUCAGUUUACUUUGAAACUGCAAUUCGGUUCAAGAUAUUUUAGUUUGAGGCAAAACUUGCCAGGGAAACCCUACAAUGAAUGAACAUUGCCUAUAACAUCCCUUUAACAAAUUCAAAGUGCUGAAUGGCGGUGGCUAUUAGCAGUAGCCACCACAAAACUAAUUGGGACUUUUGAAUGAACAAGAUCGGCUUGGCUGUCACACUACUCAGUUUAAAUAGAAUUCAGAUAAAUGACAGUACUUUGAAAAAACACAGCAUUACUCAAAAUUGUGACAAAAUUUCAUUUCAGACCAAACCAAAUCUCUAAGUCUCUUUAUAAUAUAAUUAUUUAUUUUAUUUAUUUAUAAAAUAGGUUACCAGGAAAGAUACAUUGAGAUUUCUCUUGUUUUCAAGUAUGUCGUGGAUCCACAAAACAUUGCAUUGAUACAAUAGGGUACAAUAAAAUACAAAAACAAUAUUAAUACACAACAUAUACAAAAUUGAACCCCUUCAGGACCGGCCUGUUUUUGCGAUGUUAUACGUUAAGGACCAGUGCUCUUUUAACACUUUUGUGGUGUUUGUGUUUAGCUGUAAUUUUCCCUUUCUCUCAUUUACUGUUCCCAUACAAGUUAUAUAUUGUUUUUUUCAGGACAAAAAGGGCUUUAUUUACAUACCAUUAUUGGUAUCAUGUCAUAUAAUUUAUUUUUAAAAAAUAAUAAAAUAUGGUGAAAAGUUGAAAAAAAUAUAUGUUUUUUGACUUUUGCUUGAAAAAUCUUUUACUUACCUACGAAAGCUAAUGAAAAAAACUGCUAAAUAGAUUCCAAAUUUUGUCCUGAGUUUAAAAACACCCAGUGUUUACGUGCUUUUUUGCAAGUUAUAGGGCUAUAAGUACAAAUAGGAAAUUGCUGUUUCAAAAUAUAUAUUUUUAAAAUGUAUCAAUAGUGACUUUGUAGCACUAUUAUCUGUCAUAAAUCUCUGAAUCAUACCCCACAUGUACAUAUUUUUUUUAAAUUAGACAACCCAGGGUAUUCAAUAUGGGGUAUGUCCAGUCUUUUUUAGUAGCCACUUAGUCACAAACACUGGCCAGAGGUAGCGUUCAUAUUUGUUUGUGUGUGAAAAAAGUAAAAAACUAAAGUGGCUACUAAAAAAGACUGGACAUACCCCAUUUGCAAUACCUUGGGUUGUCUUCUUUUGCAAAUGGUAUGCCAUCAUGGGGGUAAUUCUCAUUCCUGGGCUACCAUACCCUCUCAAAGGCAACAUAACCAACCUGGCAAUUUUCAAUGUACAUGGGGGGUACUGUUAUACUCGGGAGACUUUGCUGAACACAAAUAUUAGUGUUUCAAAACAGGAAAACGUAUCACAACAAUUAUAUCAUCAGUAUAAGUGCUGUUUGUGUGUGAAAAAUGCAAAAAAAGUCACUUUCACUGACAAUAUCAUCGCUGUGAUAUGUUUUACUGUUUUGUAUCACUAAUAUUUGUGUUCAGCGAAGUCUCCCGGGUAAAACAGUACCCCCCAUUUACAGGUUUUAGGGUGUCAUAGAAAGUUACAGGGUAAAAUACAGUGCUAGCAAAUUUAAUUCUCUGGACAAAUUGCAAUCAAUAAAAUUACUUAAUUAUGUAAAAAUAUUACAUAAAUACGCCCAUAGAAUUUAAAUAUAUAUGCAUGAUUAUAUAUUAGAAGUCUACGUGUAUAUUUAUAUAAUUAUUUAUGUAAUUUUGUAUAUGGACAUAUGUAUAUUUCGUAUUAUUUUUAUUUAUUUAUAUAUACAUAGAUAUAUAUACAAUUUCAUUCUAAGUGUAUUUCGAGAUAAAUAUAUAUAUGUAUAUAUAUAUAUUAAUAUCAAAAUACAGUUAGAAUAAAAUUUCAUAUAGAUAUAUAAUUUUUUUAAAUUUUUAUUAUUAUUUUUACAUUUUUUAAUUUAAUUUAAUUUAUUUAUUAUUUGUAUUUUAUAAAAAUAUAUAUAUACCAUAUAUAUAGUUAUUUUAUAUAUAUAUAUAUAUAUAUAUAUAUAUAUAUAUUAUAUAUACGUGUGUAAUUUAAUUAUAAGUGUAUUUUUAUAUUACUAUAUGUAUAUAUAUAUAAAAAUACACUUAAUAUAAAAAUUCACUUAGUGUGACAUUAUAUAUAUGAUAUAUAGACAUAUAUUAUAUACAUAUAAUAUAUGUCUAUACUGUAUAUCAUAUAUAUACACAUAUAUAAUUAUUAUUUUUUUAACAUUAACAUGUAUUUUUUUUUUUUUUACACUUGCAGGGAGACUGCCUGUCAGCAUAGACAGUCCCCCUGCAGGCAGACACUAGGACACCUAUUGUGGCCAUGUAACCGCUCUGUUGAGCGAUCACAUGGCCCCCGGGGUCCUAAUCUGCCGCGGGGAGACUGUCUGGGCUGCACCUUAACGGUAUGUUACCGAUGACGGUCCUGAACUGUCAUCGGUCGUCAAGGGGUUAACAUAGAACAGGUAUGAAAUAUAUACUCAACCAUAACACGUGCAUUCUGUUUUGAGGGUUGUAGAGAGGAAUCUCUUAAAGGACUUUAGGCUUGGGGAAGAUUUGAAAGUGUGCGGGAGGUCGUUCCAUAAUUGUGGUGCUCUGGAGGAAAAGGAUGAUCGAGCCGCUUUCUUUUUCUAUUGAGGUAGACUAAAUAAAGUGCUGGUACUGGAUCGGAGGUUAUAGGAGGUGGGAACAGCCGAGGAGAGCAUUUUGCUCAGGUAGGGUGGGAGCUUUCCAGAAAAGCUUUUAAAUACAAAGCUGGAAAGAUGAAGGGUGCGUCUGGAUCCCAGCGACAGCCAGUUUAGCUCUUUUAGCACCUGUGACAGGGAGGGUUGCAAAACCAAGGAGCUGGCUAGACUCCUAAAUAUAUAGGAGUCUAUAUAUGUGUUUUCUGUGUUUUCUCUCUAAAAGUUUAUUUUACUCCUUGUGUUUUGUGAGCUGUUACUACCAAAAAAAAACUGAAAAUCCUAGACACAUUAUAUAUUCUGUAAAUCAGAACAACUAAAUUAAUUUAUUUUUUAUUACUUUCCUUAACCUGCACAAAUUAUGCACUCAUUAUUAUUGCAAAAACUGAAGAAAAAAAAAAAAUAUUUUUACAUUGUUGGGCAUUUUUUGUAUUUUUUUAUAAUAAAUAAGCAUUUACAUAUGUACAUGUUACAUCAAUUUAAAGCCCUUUUUGUCCUUUAAAAAACGGUAUUAAAUAUGUGUCGGUGCAAUAAAAUAGUAAAAUACAAAUUGCAGUUGAACGCAAACAGCAAAAAAAGUGAAAAUUUCUUGUGUCCUUAAGUGCAAGACAAGCUUUUGAAGCUGUGUCCUUAAGGCUAUAGGGUCUCUAGGUGUCGUCCCCCCCACCCUCAGGGCCCCCUCCCGCCGGGCUCCAGGGGGUGGAAGGGGUUAAAUCUUACCUGUUUUCCCCCGCCGGGCUCCCUCGGCGCGGGGAACUCUCCUCCUCCUUUUCACCAUCAUCGGCUGAAUGUGCAUGCGCAGCAAGAGACACGCGCGCAUUCAGCCAGUCCAUAGGAAACCCAUAGGUAAACAUAGCAGUUUCUCUGGAACUGCUAUGUUUACAGCAGAAAGGGUUAAUCCCAGAUGGACCUGGCACCCAGACAACUUCAUUAAGCUGAAGUGGUCUGGGUGCCUAUAGUGGUCAUUUAAGGGCUAUAUGUUUAAAUGUAUUACCACUUUCCCACAAGUAAGCAUACUGAUUUCAUGAAUAAGUGGCCUGAGUCAUCAAGUAAUCUUUACAGUGAUGAUUCUCAGUCUGUCUGUGUAAUCGGUCCAAAAUUCGAAGGCCAUUUUUUUCCAAAAUAUGUUAAAUAAAUGGACAGAAAUAGCAAACGCAAACUGUUUGCAUAUUAUUUUUAGAAGCAGAACAUCUUACUUUCCCCAUGUUCUAAAAAAAAUAGAAAGAACACUUUCUCCUUGCUAUAAAAGAAUCGUGAGCACAAAUGUUUGAAAUUGAGAAUACAAGGUGAAUUUAUCAAAGUGAAUUUGAAAUUUAAGGUCAAAAUAGCUGAACUCUGAGAAUUCUCUAAGUCAGAAAUGCCUGCAGUUCGGCUGCUUUGGUCUUAAAUUAGAAAUUCUCUUUAUAUCCACGUUGAAGUUUCACUCCAGUGAGCAACCCUGCAAAUUCAAGGUAUAAAUAGCUGAAGUGCAAACAUUCUCUAAGUCAGUUUGCUUCAAGUUUCGGCUACUUUGGCCUUAAGUUUGAAAUUCGUUUUAAACGGAUAUAGAAUUCUCACUUUGGUGAAUAACACUGUAAAGUGAGUGUAUGUAAAGUUUUCUAGUUACAGCAGUAAAUAUUAGAAUUAGUUAUAUACAACAUACAACAUUCUGCAGCACUGUUCAAUAGGGACACAAGCAUGUAUUCCUGACCCUAUAGUGUUAAGUUAAAAACACUAUAUAGCACCGCUGGCACCCCAUUGCCCCCCUAAAUAUAGUAAAACUUACCUUAUUUUUGCUGGUGCUGGUGCUGGCUCCGCCCUAACCCGCCCCUUGGCUGACAUUAUCAGAAUUGAUGAUCUCAGCCACUCACAAUGGUGCUGGUCCUAACUGAUCCUGAUUUUAUGUUUGGACAUCCUGUGUUUAAAAUAAAUUGUUUUCAUGAAUAUGAUUCAGUGCUAAAGAGGUUAAUAAGGUUGCACAUUAUAACUGUACACAUGUAAUCAAACUACAUCUGUUUUCUACAGUGUAACAGAUGGUUCCGCUAUUUCUGAUACUUCAGAGAACCAGAAAGAAUCUAAACAUCAAAACACGGUGCAGCCAAAGACGCGAUCAUAUAGACGAUUUGAAGCCAACAAGCACAGGGCUAAAAGGUAAACAUUCUUUGUUUUCUUGAACAAUUUUUACAAAAUCAUAAGAUAAUACAUAUCGCUGAAAUCAAUGGGAUCAUUGCCUUCAGUAGAAUAUUUCACACCAAUCACUAAAGGAGAUUUGCUUGUCCAACAGUUCCACCAAAGCAGUUUGAUGUUUCCAGGUGAAAAUUUGUUCGUGUCAUACUUUGUACAUUUUUAAAUGGACACACAAAGCACCAUAACCUCUUGAAUUACUGAAGUGGUUAUGAGGCAAGGAACUAGUUUGUAGCAAAGCACUGGAUGCAGAACGCUUUUCUAUAUAUUAAUAAUGAAUAAUACAUGGAGACAAUGCAACUACAUAAGUGGUGAUAUAAAGUCGGGUAAUAUGACAAAUACGAGGUAAAUGACAAUAUGAGAACUAUGAAAAUAUGGCCGUAUUUGGCUUCUGGAUAAUUGCAUGGGGAAAUAAAGUAUAUGUGACAGAAUUAUAGCCCUUGUAAAGAAAAUGUGUCACACAGGGAGGCUUGCAUUAUAGAUUAGACGUUUACCAUAGUGUUAAUGUAAUAUAAUACUGUUUUCUUACCUGUAAGUAGUAAUUCUUUAAAUUAUUUUUUGAGAUUUUUUCUGUCUGUAAGAAACAACAAUGAUAUAUACAGUUGUAAUCAAAAUUCUUCAACCCCCAUUAAAAAUCAGACUUAUUGUCAAAAUGUACAGACUUUCAGCUGUUUGCAAUAAACAAAUCAAACAAAAAGCAAUCAAAAUCGCUCAACACAAUGAAUGCUUCUCAAGGUUUCCCCAAAUUCAACUGAAAAUACAACUUAUAAUGACUUCUCCAGUCUCAAAACGAUUCAACCCUUUAAUGGCAAGCAUCUUUAGUACUUAGUAGAGAACCCUUUUGCUGUUAUGAUCUGCUGCAAAUGAGAUGCAUAGCCAGACACCAGCUUCUAGCAGCGUUCCCUAAUCUAAGCCAAUUACUCAUGAGCAAUGGCGUCCUGUUCAGUAAUGUUCUUGGGUUUACAUGCUGCAACAGCUUUAUUCAAGUCCCACCAGAGAUGGGAUUCAAGUCAGAUUGUGAUGACUACUGUAGAAUUUUCCAGGACUCCUUCUCAAUAGAUAUUCAAAGCUAACAAUACUGUUCCUAUAUCAAGGUUGUAUCACCUUUAUCAUUGUGAUCACUUGGGAGGUGUCACUCAUAUAUACCCUAAUCCUACUUAUGUGUCUGUUUUUUCUGCAACCAAGUCUUGGUGGAAUUUGAGGUAUGCUUGGGAUCACUGUCUUGUUGGAAGGUCCAAUGACGCCCAAGAUUCAGCUUCCUCACAGAUGGCAUGAUGUUUUUUUCUAGAAUUUCCUGGUACUUAAAUCAAUCAGUUAAAGUUUCCUGUGCCUGUUGCCACCAAGUCUUGCUGCAGAUAAUUUGCAGUCACUUGAGGGUUUUUCACAAUCUGCCUUCUUUAACCACUGUUCCUUCAACUUUGAACUUGGAAUGCUUCCAGUGGUGCCUCUAGGAACAUUCAGUGCCUUCACUAUCUUUUUGUAUCCUGUAACUUGGUUGUGAAGGAUGAAGAUCUCUUCUCUUAACUUUAUGCAUCACUCUUUGCCAUAUUUCUAACAUGCAGCUAAACAUGACACUCAACAAACCCUAGUCAGUUCAGGUAUUUCAAGUGUUACAACUCAAGCACACUUGGUGCAACUAUUGAACCUCUUGAUUAGUUGCACCAGGAAUGCUUGAGUCAACACCUGUUUUGCAUAUUUGUGCUGUUGUGAGACAUUCUGUUUAGGCGGUUGAAUCAUUUUGAAACUAGUAUGUGUGUGUGUGUGUGUGUUAUAUCACCUAUGUCUGCAUACUAAAGCAAAAAAUGCAUUCCUACAUUUUGAAAACACAAAAUAAAAAUUUUUGGUCAUUGCUAAGGUACUAAAGAGGUUAAAAAAAUAUGUAAGUAUCUGAAAAAUAUCCUCUCCCUAUUCUGUUUUGCUACAUAUACCACUUAGAGUACUAAAACAAAACAGAUUGAAUAUUUUUACUAUUAUUGGAGAUAUAUCCUUAUAUGUCAGAUCUGUAAUUGAAUAUUGUGGAUAGCAAAAUCAUAGGUUAAACAUCAUUUUAAAAAGGUGGAUAUUCAUUUUAUGUGAAUCAUAAUACUAAUCAUAUGAAGACUUGGCUUGACAAUAUUCCCUGGGCCAAAUUAAUUAGACUAAGGAUAAAUUGUUCGAACAAUUACUCAUUUUCUAAUCAAAGUGAAAUCGUAAUGAAUUGAUUCCUGGAAAAUGCAUAUGAUAUCACCAUUGUAAAUACUGAUGAUGAUCAGAUACAGGAAGUGGGUAGCAGAGACUUACCAGUGCUAAACGAUGAUAAAGCAAGAGACAAUGAUAAGUAAGUAAUAUUAAAUAAAUUGGUUAAAAGGAAAUUAUUUAUCACUGAGUAUAAUCCUUGCUAUGGAGAAAAAGGAAAUAUAUCUAUCUACUGAUAGGUUUCAUAUUACACUCUCAACCUAUUGGUCAUGCCCGGUUCAGGACUUCCUGAUAGAGGUCUUGGGCAUGGAGCAGAAGUGGAGGGGUAGACCGAUAAUGCUUGGAACCUCCUCGCACCAACUUUAUUCCAUUGAAGUUGUAAUGUCGCCAAGAGUGGUCCUUUUUCACAAAUUAAAUUUGAUUUGUAACUGAGGCAAAAAAAGCUGAUCAGGAAAAAUCUCUAACUCAACUGCAAUGUGCGCCCUAGCUAUGGCAGAACUGAAUUGAUUUGUGAUGUCAUCAUAAUAGGAAGCUAAAAAACCAAGCACAUAUUCCUUACCAUUCUUAUUAGCCCGUCCUUCAUACUGGAUGAGGCGAACAGAACAUCACCACAGGCUAUUGGAGGAGCCUGCUUGCCAGCCUCCUGCCCCGGGACUAUGGCCCCUGUGAUAAACUUUGGUUGAGUGCCAGUGCCUUUUGGACUUAUAUGGUUUGGUAUAUAGAGCUUACUCAACGGAUUAGGAGUUUGUGUUUGUAUACCGAACAAACUACCGAACAGUCAGACCACCCGCAAGUAGAGUGUGCAGCCCAUUAACCUGCCUGACUUAUGUUUAACCACAAUUUUAUUGAUUAUCGGCUGUGUGGUCACCGUUCGUAUAUGCGAACAAGUGGCGGAGGCCAUCUUUAGCCGCGAACACAUACAUGUUUGGUCGUCGAGUGCAUGGAAAUGUAAUCGGACACUCGACGGCGCGAACACCGCUGGGACUUCCAUCUCUACAUAUGUUCAGCUGGAUUCGUAUGGGAAGGGCGUUCGGUGGGAGCAAGCUCUCAAACAAGGCACAUAGAUUGAGCCUACCCAUGAACCGCUACGUUUGGUAUUUUGACUGUAUUGAAGAUUCCCAAAAGAGACCGACCGCACAGCCUGAUUUCAUGGAACUCUUUUGGGCAAGAGCCUCGGUCAAAUUAUGACUUCCAUGGAAAUCCCGAACUCCUGAACCGAUCUGAGUUAUUUUUGGAUAUGUUGGUCCCCCAGAUCAGGGGAUGUGACUUUUGUGGGCUUUCCGUGUGUUUUAGGGGUACUUUUGGGGAAUUGUUGUAUUGCAUGCUUCUUGUAAUGAGAGAUAAUUUAAUCAUAUGUUUGUGUACUCAAGUAAUUAUCUCUCAGGCACAGGGGAGGGAGUACCCUGUUUUGUGUGGGAGUGUCCUGGACCUGAGAGCCAAUGCAAUUACAGUGUGUACUUUGCCAUAGUCCCCUCUCAGGUCCAGUGGGGAAUGCCCCUGGGAUAUGUUAUAGUAAACCCCUUGCAUGGGGACCUGCAUAUAAGAUCAUUUGUGGCUGCCAUUAAACAAGUUCUCCUUUACCCUCAACACAGAGGCUUGUCUCAUUCUUGAAGGGAACAGCUAUAUUCACUCUGGGGAUUGCUAUAAUCACUAUACUCCCUUGGAUUAUAAUCACUAGCUCUUGUAAGAGCUAUCCUGCUAUACUCUCGGGAGUAGGAGAGGUCUACCUAUUGGAAGCUGGAUCCCGGUCUUGGGUCCAGGGUGGGUGGAGGACAGCGAGACCCCAAACAAGCUGUAAGGCUGGCUGCGGGAAUGACGGUGGUUAUGGUGUAUGAUACAGUGCUUGUGGUACUGGAUAAGCACUAGCGAUUGGUGGAGGCGGUCCGCCACACUGGACCUUUUUGACUUUUCUUUUUUCUUUUUAAGGAUUAUUUUUGUUGUGUUCUUUGUCUUGGAUUUUAAUUGUACCUAUGGUGCAUAAUGGUUACAGCUUUUUGACUGAUGUAUUCAGGGCUGAAUGGGCCAUGGGCACACCAAAGAAAUGCCCAACUAUGGGAGGCUUAAGCAUUUACUGUGUUAAUAUGCCAUGGCACUGCCAGAGCUUGGCAGAGCUUGUUUAUGUAAUUCUAGCCAUAGGUCCCAUGGUUGUGACUCACAUUGCCUCCAUGAAAAAAAGGCUUAAUUUUCAAUAAAAUCUAACAGCACAGUGUGUUUACCUUAUAAGUUCUUAUUUACUGUAAAUUGAACACCCACUAUACUUGAAGGUGUUGCAUGCUCUAAGGCAAUAAACAGAGCAGGAGCUAAAAAGUUCUAAAUUAAACAUACUGUGCAUUAAGGGAAGUUUUAAGUUUAGAUCUCUUCUUUCCAUGAAGUGCUUCAGGAAGCUUUCUAAAUCACAUCUAGGGGAGGUGUAGCUACUGCUGCAUAAACAAAGUUAUAUAACUCCUAAAUGUCAGAUAGAUGAGUGUUGAAUGACUGCAGGGGCAUGAUCUAUACACUCCAAUCACUAUAUUUAGCUAAAGUUGUUUGGGGUUUAAAAUCUACCUUUAAUGGCCAGAGCUAAAAUAAAGAAAAUAUUAUUGUGUUCCACAUUUUUUUCAGGUAGUUGACAUUGAGUAAAACAGCGCUUAUUGUACACAUUUACCUAAUUUUAUAGAGAGCAAAAUCCAUAAAAGAAAGAGCGGAGCCUGACUGCCGAGCGGACCAGACGUGCGCCACACGAGCUCCCGAGUCUGGUGUCGAAAAUCGGGGUACACUGCCUGACAGCUCGCUCCUGUGGACCGGAGCUUCCCUGAUUCUCUACCGGAGGAGGUUGCUGAACCCAGAGAUACCCAGCACGGGUCAUCUCAACCCUUUACCAUGCACAGGAGGCUUGUGGCCUAGGCGAGCUUGGGCCUGGGAGAGGUGGCUGCUCUCCUGGCUCCAAUAUGGACAGAGUACCCAGAGUAUUACCAUCCCCCCCUUUUGGACUGGUGGGGGUAAUCCUGGUCUCCACUGCAUGCCCCCUAUUGCAUCUGUCACCUACUGAUGACGGCCACUGCGGGGAUCAAGACCACCACACUCACAUCCAAAAUGGAGGACAGGCCUUCCUCAGCCGAGCAGCGGCUAUCACCAGCUGCACCAGGUCCCCAAGCCACCCUGGAGCAACACCUGGACGAGCAUUUUAGCCGCUUCUGGGCAAAAUGGGAAGCACGGACCGGGAAUGCACCCAGCACGCCAUUGCACCUCGCAAAUAUAGCCCACCUAAGCCAAAGGCCACCUGGGGAACUCACCCGUGCCGCAAAGACAGAAGACCCGUCGCCACAAGCGGCGCCAAACACCCUGUCACAUCCCCUCUAGGAAGGACCUGGUCACUACCUCAGAACUACACUCACCUGUUUCCAAGUCUCGGCGUAGACUGAGUGAGACCAUCUGGUUCUGGGACUGACAACACGUUGCCUGCCAUGGAGACACCCUACCGACAAGAUCCUGUCUUACCCUUGAAAUGCCUGUCUGUUACACAGUUUACCAAUGUUUCAGAUUACUAGAACUCACCUAACACAAGUUCCUACAGUCUGAACAUGGGGGGGGACAGCACAUACUCUAUUACUUAAGCGCAGCUAUAACGACACUACUUCCAUAAUGCUUAGCCAGACAAUCAAAGCAUAGUGUCACAUGAUGCCUGACUUUCCUUCCAACUAUUAAUUACCCAUGUAUAUUGCCUACCGCUUACCAGGCAGAUUCGCUUAAACAUUAGCACUUAACGCCUGAACUUACUAGUUUCAUCAUCGAAAUUUCUCUUUUAUACCCCAUCUGUUUGAACCUCACAUAAACGUUAAAAAUGUGCACGACUUCUCAUGCCACACAAUUGUUUCUAAAUGUAUGUUGAAUCUUUGGCACCAGCUGUUCUGGCAAUGCCGGCUUACAUGCACCAUGUAUAAUCUAUGCACACAAAAAAAAAAAAAGAAUUAAAAAAAAUAAAUAUAAAAGAACUGUUACAGGAAGGAAUUAAAUAGAAUGGAAUGCGAUUUUUAUUGGCACAAAUGCCUACAUGCAUGCCGACAUAUGCAUGCAUACAAUAUUAAAAAUACUUUAAUUUUAUUUAAAAUGUAGAAUCAACACAGAACUUGAAAGCAAAGACCAGCUGUAUCUUUGUAAAUACAUUUGUUUUGCUUGGCUAGAAAGCUACAAAGUCAAUUGGGAAAGGAGACAAAUCAGCCAUGUGACAUUACAACUCCACAUGGGUUUUGGCACGAUGGUCUUAAUGUCUCAACACAAACAUAUUGACAAAUCACAGUGAAUUGAUUUAUAUUUGACAUUCACUUUGAACCACCUUUGAAUUUACACUUAGUAAAUAACCCUGUUAGUUCCAUAAGCCUAGAUUGCAAGAUUUUGUGCCUUUGAAUUACAUCAUCAGUUGAAAGUUAUCAACAUAAUUAGUCAAUUUAAUUGGAGUUAUGUAUCAAAUAACUUGUAAUAACUUGUAAUGUUUUCAAAGCUGGCAUUUAGGAUUUAGUGUAUAUGUGUAUUUGAUGUGAUUUCUAGAUUCAUGCGCCGCCAACAUUUUAGUUUUGUCUGAAUACAUUCAGACGAAAAAAACAUUUCAUUUAAUCUAAACUGAAUUUUGUCCAUUUGUUAAUUUCUUUUCAGACAAAAUUCGUGCAUUAUUUUCAUUCCAGAAAUUCAUUUGGACGAAUGAAAUUCUGAUGCAGGUUGCGGAUGCAUCUUGCAGCCAUUUAGUAGAUAACUCCCUUAAUUGCUACCUGUGUGAGAAUUGACAUAUUUAAGGUUCCCAAAUUAGGGACCUGUUUCAUACAUAGCUCCUUUUUGAUAUCCUUAUGACAAUCCCACAAGAAUUGGGGAGCAAUCUGCUAAGAAGCUGAAAGAUCAAAAUUACAAAAAGCCCUCCCUUUUUGUAAUUUUGGUCUUUCCGACAACAUUACUAAUACUAAGUAAAAAAAAAACUUAGUAUUAGUAAAUAAGGAAGGUUAAAUCCUCCCUCCUGCCCUUACCUACUGUGCUGCGAGUAGGCUACAAAAAAAUGAAAAUGCAACUGGGCAGCUAUUGGGUUGAGACUGUAUUGACAUUGUAAAUUCUCUUCCCCUUAAUUUUAAUUAUUUGUUCCUGUUUAAUGUAUUUUCAAAUUCCAUUUGGAAAGGAUGCAACUUUUCUUUUACCUUGAAUAUACUAAGCACCUUCGCUUGUAAAAUUUGUCACUUUCAAAUAAAAAAAAUACAAAAAAGAUUAGUGGCUCCAUGAUGCAGUAAUCUAAACGCUAUGACCAGUUAAACUUCAAGUCAAUGAAAACUACAGCAUUGUUGCUGAGAACUUUACAGACCCCCCUAGAAACAGCUGACGCAGCCGAUGUGACCAAAUAUUUAUACCUCAGCAUUGCAACAUAAUGCAUCCCAACCUUUGACACACUCUGUGUUGACUUUUCCAAAUCGAAGAAACAUUAAUAGUUGUGAACAAAUCUUUUUAUAUCAAUGUAAUGAGACGUUUGUUUGCUUAUAAUUAAAUAUUUUGCCAAGCUUUUUUUUCCUCCUAGUUCUCAUAUUCUCUGUUUUUGUUGCAAUCCAAUAACUUGGUUCUCCCAUAGUUAAAUGGGUCAUCCAGACGAGGACCUUGUGCUUACUGUGCCUAAAAGGAUAUUGGCUACACCUCGAGGCCCAAAGAAGGCCAAAACGAUCAUUUGGAGUUGCUGGAUCUCUUGUGCAGAGAGAACUUUCCAGCAUUUCGGUUCUGCACUGUCCUUACGGGUAAGAUCAGUCUGAUAUGCCUUGGAAUAGGUUCUCUCUGUAAUGGCACAUGGCAGUCACUUCCCCCAGGUUCUAUGUUAGGUGGUGAUCACAAUCAAAUAUUAGAUCAUUAUCAACACCCUAACAACUGCCAAGGAGCCAUAAACAGUAUUGAUAAAAUCACAAGCUUGCUGUUCGACAACAUUUUUACCAUUAUCUGUUAAAUGAAAAACACACUACAAUGUACAUUAAACAGUCAAGAUUAAAUAAUUACAAUCCUGCUGAAGAAGAUUCAUUGACAUAUUAAGUGAACCAUUGGACACUAUCAAAUUUAACAUCAAAGAUAAUUUUAUAAAACACCAAAACACAUUUUGAUCAGUUGAUCAACACCCUAAACCCCUCAAAGGGACAUGCAUCACUUUGAGACCACUGUCCCAUUCAAAUGCUUUAUCUUUGAAUGAGACGGUUGCUUCACUCUGCAGAUUGCAAAGAAAGCAGGUAAAUCUGAUUUAUUUUUUUCAUAUUUACCUGCUUCUUCUGUCAUGUGCUUUCCAAAUCCACUCCAGGGGGGCAUUGAUCUAACCAAUCAGUGUUCUAUCCCUAGGAAUGCUGGAAAAGUGCAUUGGAUAUGCCUGACUUUAUUACACAUGUGCAACUGAUCUCUUUACGUUCCAACACCUAGACAGGGGAGAACAGAAGGAGUCUGAUUCAAUGUACAUCAUUACACAGCUUGUGCUGUCAGUGGAAGAUAAUUAUUGCCACCAAAACUAAAAUGAAUAUUUUUGUUACAAAUAGUUUGUUAAUCAAGGCAAAACAAUGGGCCUAACCCAAAUCUCUAAUCUGGUUAUAAAUUAAGUAAAGCCCCAUCGCCAAAAUUUUAGUAAAACUCAUGGCGCCUAGACGGGUAUCAGCUACACCUCGAUAAUGGCCAAAGAAGGCCGAAAUGAUUGUCCAGGGUUGCUGUAUCUCUCGGGCAGAGAGAACUUGUCGGCAUUUUGGUUCUGGACUGCCCUCAUGGGUAGGAUCAGUCUGGUAUACAAAUGGUAUAUGUUCACUCUGUAAUGGCACAAAUGAGCAAAAACUAUUUGUAGACCUGAGCAGGGGGCAAGCAAACUAUUAAAUUCCCCUAAGCUUUUAUCCAUUCUCAGAGCUGUCAUAUUCUUUGUUUUUGUUUCAAAAAUAUUGCCUAAUUAAAAAGUAUCACUUUUAUUAAGUAUCUUGAAAAACCAUCAAUCAGUAACAUGAAAAAACAAGAAAAAUAAAACAAAAUAAAGUGAUCUGAAAAGUGCAUGUGUAAAGUGCCACACUUUAUUAUUAUUGCAGUUUAUGUUAUUACACUUUGCACACAAAAAAAUAAAGUAAAAUACCAGAGGUGGUUGUGGUUUCUUGAAAUUUACAUAAGUAGGCAGAGCAUAAAAGUUGUAUGGCUGCACGUUAGAAAUUUAUCACUAUAGAAUGUGUUUAGUAUGUCAAACUACAUAUAAAGUGUAAGACUGCAGGUUAGAAGUUGCUUACUGUUCACUGUUGUUGAUCCCUGUGAAUAUGUCAGAAAUUCAGACUACAGGUGGAAACAGUAAUUGCAAAGUAUUAACAUGUCUAACCUUUGUAACUAUAUGUGUCAAAAUGUGUAUAGCUAAAAAGACCACAAAAUUCAGAGCAUACCUCCUUGCUACAGGAAAUGAUUUUUCUAUAUGACUGUACAUACAAAAGAUUGGGCUACCUGACUUUCUGCAGGACUACAAUUCCUUUAAUUGCCGGCUAGACUGCAUAUCCCUGAUAUAAGUGGGUACACAAUGCCUCCAGUGCCGUGGCCCUGAUAUAAGUAGGUACACAAUGCAUCCAGUGCCGUGUCCCUGAUAUAAGUGGGUACACAAUGCAUACAGCACUGUGUCCCUGAUAUAAGUAGGUACACAAUGCAUCCAGUGCCGUGUCCCUGAUAUAAGUAGGUACAAUGCCUCCAGUGUCAUGUCCCUGAUAUAAGUAGGUACACAAUGCAUCCAGUGCCGUGUCCCUGAUAUAAGUGGGUACACAAUGCAUCCAGUGCCGUGUCCCUGAUAUAAGUGGGUACACAAUGCAUACAGCACCGUGUCCCUGAUAUAAGUGGGUACACAAUGCAUCCAGUGCCGUGUCCCUGAUAUAAGUAGGUACACAAUGCAUCCAGUGCCAUGUCCCUGAUAUAAGUGGGUACACAAUGCAUACAGCACCGUGUCCCUGAUAUAAGUGGGUACAAAAUGCAUCCAGUGCCGUGUCCCUGAUAUAAGUAGGUACACAAUGCAUCCAGUGCCGUGUCCCUGAUAUAAGUAGGUACAAAAUGCAUCCAGUGCCAUGUCCUUGAUAUAAGUGGGUACACAAUGCAUCCAGUGCCGUGUCCCUGAUAUAAGUAGGUACACAAUGCAUCCAGUGCCAUGUCCUUGAUAUAAGUGGGUACACAAUGCCUCCAGUGGCGUGGCCCUGAUAUAAGUAGGUACACAAUGCAUCCAGCGCUGUGUCCCUGAUAUAAGUAGGUACACAAUGCAUACAGUGUCUUCACAGUUUAUCAUUACAGUGAAAUUUAUAGCUGUUAGUUAUAAUAUUUUUAUUGGUCAGACUGAGAAUGUAAAAUGUGCAACUGCCUAAAGUACUUGGCUGCAAUGGGCAUGGUUUUGAGACAGAUCUAAUGAAAGGCAAAAGAAAAUCACAAUGAAAAAAGAGCGAAGAAUCUUUGAAAACAAAAAAUAUAUAUUUUGCUAAUUCAUGCUCCCACUAGAUGGGAAGUGACUGGGUAGGAGCAACUAAAGUCACAAUUCUUCUGAGAUAGCAAAAGCUCUUUGGAAUACCUUUAUGAUCAAAAACAAUUUGUUAUAAUUUUACUGACACACUGUUCUUAUUAUGUAUUUUAGUGAAUCUCUUUAACUAAUGUUGACUAACCUCACCUGACAUAUUGUUCAAGAAGAGGACACAAAUAUUCCUGUGUCUAUAUAGAUAUAUAUAUAUAUAUAUAUAUAUAUAUAUAUAUAUAUAUUUCAUGAGUUGCAGCUAUUUCAUUAAACAUUUAUAAGUGAAAUUGCAGCACAAGUGCAAGACUCCUCAUUUCUCUUUAAUUUUUCACCUGGAACUACAAAAUUUCAUAUUCUUGUUUAGAAAUAGAAAACAAAAGGGUAAAAGGUCAUGAACUCUUGAACGAUUAGGCAGGAGACUUCUGAAAAUUACAAUAAGUAGAAUCAGGCACUGCAGAUAUAAUUUGGGGUAUUUGCGAAAAAGUGAGGUGAUGUGUGUUGACAAAUUAGUAUUAUCAAAUAGCUGCACUUACACAACUCAAUACAAUAGUCCCCACAGGAAGGGGACUUGAUGGGAAUCUUUUUGAAGAAAUAUAAAGGAUACAGAAUAACAUAAAGCUAUAAAAAAAACUCCAACCAAAUAAUUAGCUGUAGUCUGCUAACUAGACAUGGAUUGUGGGUUUAUUCAAAUAAAACAAAUAAUAACAUAGAUGCACUUGAAUUUACUGAAUAAAAGGAAACUAAAUGCUUUACUGUAACAAAAUAUAUAUAAAAGAUUUGAUAGUACAUAUAAUAUCAAAUAAAUCUGAUGAUUAAAAAGCCUGAGUAAAAUGGAAUGAAAAACAGACAGACAGACAGACAGACAGACAGAUAGAUAGAUAGAUAAAAGGCAAUAUAUAAUGAACCUAACCACCUUUAUUGGAACUAGUCCAUAAUAAGUUUACGUUUAUUAUACACAACACCGACUGUAAGCCUUCCAAUAAUGUGUUUGUGAGGACAUGUAGUUUGGAUGUUGAGUAAUAUCAAUAAGACUUAAAGACCUAUGUUCAACUUGACACAGUGGUUGUCAGCAAAUAAUUCAGAUAUUUGCAAUAUAUUUUCCCUUGUCUUAUCCGUCUCCCCCACUCACUUGCCUGCAGGUGUUUUUUUAUCAAGACACUGAUAAUACCAUCCUCUAGUCUGUCUUCUCAGUGUAAUGGAGACAGUGAAUAGCCCUUUCCUCUCCUCCACGUACGGUGGGCUCAAGACGCAAGCGCAACAAAGAAUUUUAUAUCCAACUCAUUGCAACACAAUGCAACUCCAGGCAAGACCUAGAAAAGCAACUCCAAUGCUUACCUAGAAAAGUGUAUAAAGUCACCAUGCAGGUCUCACAGGGUGAGACUUUAAAUUCUAUGCCGAAUUUAUGGAAACAAAUGUUUUUGUGCAUUUUAGUUUUAGCACCUACAUCAUAUUUUUGGUGGUAUUUUGUUUAGGGUUUUUUUUUUUGCCAAAUAUAAUAAAUAAUAUAUAUAUAUAUAUAUAUAUAUAUAUAUAUAUAUAUAAUAUUAAUAAAUGCCUCUACUAUGCGAAACAAAAAAGGAUUUAAUGAUUUGACGAGCUCAAUGAAUCAUUGACCUUUAGUUUUAUUUUGCAAUCUUUAUUUUGUUGAUUUGUUUCAAAACCAUAGCAAUAUUAAGUACAAUGCUAUCAGCACAUUGCAAAGCUACAAGGGUAAGUAAACAGUAAAUUGGCAACAUGUAUUAAAACAAACUCCUAAGGCGUGAAGGAAAUGGGUAAUGGGUAAAAGAAAAGAAAGAGAGAAAUAUAAAAGAAGAAAAAGAGGAAAAAUAAAGAUUAUAGUUUCUGGAAAGGCCAUUUGCAUCCAAGAUUGUCGAAAGAGUUACCACCGUAAAGACGGAACUUGAUCCAGGAGUCAAUAAUUUGAAAAAAGGACUUGUGAAGGAAAAUAGUGAAUUUCUUUAAUUACAGUAUAUGACGUUUAUGCCAAUAAUUGUAAGGGAGACGCUUCCAGUUGUUUCUCAUUUCUGGUGGUGGGAUCCUUUUAUUCUGCUGUAGGCCAAGAGAUGGAUUUAUACAGUGCCUGUAUGAUAAGGUUACCUACCAAUUAGACUACAGGUCAAUAUAGAGUGUGGCACUAAAUAAAUGAAAGAGCUAUUUCCAGGUUUGUGUGAAUAAUUGAGAAGACCAUCACAGCAUAAACGAGAGACAAUUAAGGAAGAGAUUAGAUGGUUAAGAUGGUCCCAUUUGUUAAGUGUUUUCUGAAUUCGAAUCUAUCACAGAGAUAUAUGGACAUCUGAAAUGCCAUAAUGAGAGAGCACUAGAGAAUAUCCUUACCACAUUAAAAACUGAACCUGUCUAGUCAUAAAUAAGGGAAACCAAUGUGUCAAAGAGUGAGCGAGAUCUGUACAGCUUUUGGAAGACAGACAUGUUCAAUACAUAGAAUAAAUGUUAAUAAGAACACCAAGUCAACUUCUUUGGUAAAGGGGAAGAUCUUCACAUAUCUUCGCAGGAAGGAAAAGUGUGAUGUUAUUUCCCAGGAAAUUAACAACAGAUAAGUCAAAGUUAGGGUACAGCAAUUUCACCAUUUGCAGAGGAAGAGAGAAGAACAGCAUUUUUUGAACCAUUGACCUCUAAACUGGAAAUGCAGGAAAGGCAUUGUAUGAUAUCGCACAGAUCUGGAUUGGAGUGGGAAAGUGAAGAGUAUGUCAAUCUAAAGAUGCUUAAUGUGUAAACCUCAUAGCUACAUAGCAAUUUAUGCUAAAAAAAAAAAAAAAAGACGUCACACCAUCCAGUUCACUUUCACACAUCAUUGUAUCUGGUGUUGGCCUAAAAGAAGGUCAAAAACGUAACUUUGAAGUGAUUUCUUUUUUUUCAAAGACCUAAAAUGUCUUUACACUUAUCUACAUUGAAUUUCAUGUGCAACAUACUUGACCAGUAUUCUUAAAGGAGCAAUAUAGAGUUAGGAUUGCAAACAUGUAUUCCUAACACUAUACUGUUCCCCUAUUUAUAUAGGUGUGCCCCCCGAACAAAAACAAAAAGGUAAGAUUUACUUACCUUACAUCCUGCGUCACACGCUGCCCAAAUCAAAUUCUCUCUAUGAGCAUUUAACUCUGAAUUUAACUCUUUUAUAGCUGUGGAAGGGCUCUAGUCACUGUUAGGAAGAGGAUCUAUAGAGAUGUGUUAACUCUGCAUUGAAAACAUUGCCAUUUCUGCAAAAUGGCACUGUUUUUAGAUACAGUGUUAAAAAGACCAGGGCACUGCACCCAGACCACUUCACUGAGAUUUUAGUCUGGGUGCCUAGUACAGUCCCUAUACAGAAUUUACUGACGUUUUAUAAAUAAUAAAUAAUAAUAAUCCAAAUCCCUCUGUUUGGAUAAUAGACUGUAUUACCCUAUCUAACUUUGAAUCAUAGAAAAACCACCGAAGACAAAUAAUUAAGUUGCAUAAUAUAGUUUGUACAAGGCAGGCAGAAUAGGGCAUAUAGGAUUAAAUGUAGGUAAAUGCAAAUUUCAAUAAUUUGGGAACAAUAAAUAGCAGUAAGAUCUACCUAGGCCACACUGGUCCAUUCUGCAUUGGUUUGAAUUAGCAUUUCCUCUUUUAACCUUCGUAACUCUGUUUGUGUCACGUCCUUUUCCUGCUGCCGAUCAUUUCUGGCGAUGGCUUCUGGUAUCCAGUACUCUUUUUACAAUUCUUGUUUAGUUUUUCUUGGUUUUUCUGGUUUUCUAUUCUAUGUCUGGUUUUCUGGGUUCAUUCCUGUAUUCCAUUCCUGGAAUUCCAAGUCUCCUGGAUUCCUUUAAAUGUUUGUUUUUUGUUGCCACAUCCGUUCCUUUCCCAUUAAUCCUUUUUGUUUCAGUUUGGCCCUGCAGGCAGUGGUUUCAUUUCUUCUGCUCAUUCCUUUGCAGGUAAGUGCUGUGUGUGUUUUAUUAUUGUUUAUUUAGUCGUGCAUAUCUAGGCUGUUAGGACCCACCGUAUUUGGAGUACUUUGGUGCAGUGGUGGGCUGCAUACAUCUUGGCCAUUUAUGUAUGUCUAAAUCUCCAAUGUUUAUUACACAUAUUAGUACUUAGUUAUGUCUCCUCUUGUUUUGCCUUGUAUUUCUUGUCUUGUUUUAUUUUGUCUUCCCAGUUCAUGUACAGUCCUGUCCCGUCCAUGCCUUGUUCUGCUUCCCCACAUGUCUUGUGUACAUGUUUUGAGCUCUGCUUUUUGUCCUGCUCCGGUUCUGGGUUCUUUUAGUCUUGUCUUAUUCUUCUUUGGUGCCUGUUCUAGUAUUGCCUUGUUUCUAGUACUGGAUACAUAUCUGCUGCAGAGCCUCCCUAUCCAGAUUCUGGGAGGUGUGCAUAAUUUUUCCUAGUUCCUGGGAUCCGCAGAAGCUGCAUCAGGGCCCUGGUAUGUGGCUGCACAAACCCUGGUGCUCAACACCAGGGGGCAUGUAGUUACCCUGCACCAGGUCCUGAUUGUUCAUUUCCACGAGGUUGACUCCUAUCAUCAGGCACACAGGGGUCCUAGUCUCCGUACCGCUCACCCGUGACAGUUUGGGCACUUUCUAUGUUCAAAACUGUAAUGCAAGUGAAAAUAUCAUAUUUCUGUUUUCACAAUUCAUAGUUUAUUUCAGAAAUAGUUUUGAAAUAGUAUUUAGUGUAUUGAAGGAUCAAGUAGAAAUUAAAUAUUCAUUAUUUUUAUUCAUAUAGUGCCAUCAGAUUCUGUAGCGCUAUACAAUGGGGAUGUAUUCAUCCUACCUAUUCCCAACUGAACUGGAAAAUAUUUUGAUUAUGUUAAUUUUCAUAUUUUUUUCCUCAUGACUCUUUGAAUAUUCAUGAUCAUACAUUUGCUGUUAGGUUCGUGAUAUUCGUGAUCAUACUUUGCCUUCAAUGCAAUUAACAAGCAGACAAUGAUAUGUUUACAGACAUGCCUUCACCUGCAUUAUGUGCCUAUUCACUUGAGUGGAUUGAAAAUGUGCCUUGAAUCAGACAAGACAAUGAUUGUUUAGGGGUAAAAAUAUAACUCUGGAGCACAGAUGUAUUCAUAGUAUAACCUGUUUUGAAGAAAAGUCAGAGUAAAUAUAGAUAUAUAGAGCUAUAGAUAACAUUUCAUACAAAGUAAAAGCCAACUAAUAGUGUUAACUUUUUUAUUUAUAUUUUCUUUUGUGUUCAUUCGCAUGCUUUGAUGAGCAAAACCUGGGACAUUAUAUAGAUUAGUUAACGCUUCCAAUGCUGUACGCAUAGUACGAAUAUGGCACAGCUGGCAAAAAUUCAGAGCACAGAUGCACACAUAUUCAUUAGUCCCUUAGAUGUCCAGUCACACACACAUACUCCUGAAACAUCAUGGGGCAUGAAAGUUGUAAAAAUACAGAUACGCAGUGGGGGUACGUUUUUUACAUAACUUCAUUGCAUUAUUCAAUAAACUCUAAAAUAGUGUUUACUGUGGUGAUAGAGCAGGAAAGGGACAGUUCUGCUUUAACCAAUCAAAAUAAAACAUUUUUUUAAAACUGCAUUGUCUUAUUUCUGUACCAAUAAUUUAAAAUAUUGUAAGGACCCUAUUAUAUGAAAUCAUUAUAUUUGAGAAUACCAGUUUUUCGUCUGUCUUUUUUGUUUUGUUUUGUUUUUUUCAUUCACAUGUUUGCCAAGAUAAAAUCAAUUUGCUGUAUUUUUUACAGUGAGGUUUCAGUAAUGUUUACAAUCUAUGUCUAGAAUUAUUUCUCCUAUUUGACAUUUGUCUCCCAGUUUCAAAGACAUGAGCGGUAAAAUAAUUUUCAAUAAAGCAUACAAAGAACUCCAUAAUUUUUUUUCACGGUGCUUUACUUGAUUAGUAAGAAAAAAAAUUAGAAAUAACUAAUGCCGAAGAAAAGCAACUGAUUAAUUUACACUUUCUUGUUCGUUUUUCUUUUUCUUUUUUUUUUAAGAUUUAUAAACGUAGAAAUUAAAACCUAGUAUUAAUUGCAUGCUGCAGAAGCUGCUCAAACUGCAAUUUGUUUACAAGAAGUUAGAUAACACUAGGCAUUCAGACAUUCAUCCCUCAUCCUUUUGUUAUAGAAUAUUUUAAGAUAAGCAGUGAUUAUAUUAAUUAAAGGGAUAUUAAAGAAUGUUUGUUUCAUCAGAUAACCUAUAGAAAUUCUCUUAGUCUGCUGUUCUCUGAUUUUUUUCAUGAUUAAACAGACCAACACGUCUAAAAUGUAACUAUUAUAGUUGUGUUUCAAAGAAAGGUAGAUGGACUCUCAUGUAGAUUGUGUCAAAGAAGUUUGCACCUCACAGGCUUAUUAAAGUCUUAAGUAGAGAGUGAAAGGGAAACCUAUAGUGCUAGGAAAACACAGUUGUCUUCCAGGCACCAUAGCUCCCUAUAGUGCCCCCCUCGCAUGAUUUUUAUCAAAAACUGCAAUAAUUACCAUAAGGGGCCUAGGACACUGCACCCAAUAAGCUGAAGUGGUCCGGGUGCCUAUUGUUUCCUUUAGUGGUAUUUUGCCAUGUGUUAGUAGAGAGAUGAAGUGUAUCACAAAUGUACACAUUGUUACAAUGCAUUGUUACUUUUUAUAAAUUGCAUUAUUUCACUAAUAUUUCCUUUAAUGUAUUAUCAGUAUAAUGUAAUACAGGGUGCACUGCCUUAAGUCCCUUUAAAUUAAACAUUAUUGCUUCUGCUCGUUGACGAUUCACAGCAGCCAAAAUGGCAAUCAGUAGUCCAGACAACUUUGUUUAAGUCAAACUUUGCUGUGUGAAACUCACUCAAAUGCUUAUAUAGUCAGUAGCUGAAUAGCAAUUAUUUAGCAUUCAAAUAGCCUUAAUUGCAGCUAUAGCACUAAGCCCUAAGAUAGGCUUACAGUACCCACACCGACUUCUAUAAAGAUAUUCUAACCAUAAAUCCUUCCAAGAACUUUGACUUUACAUAGAAUCCAGACGAGACAUACUUUUAUUUUGUGUAUUUUUUUUCACAUGGCAGAAAUAUUUGGCUGCCAUGGUUAACAGUCAUCGGCAGCAGACUCAAAUUUUGUAUAGAAAAGUAACUCCUUUAAAUCAUCACCCCCAUAGAGAAUGCAGGGUGAUUUGCUGGACUUUAGUUCCCAUAGUUCAAAGUCAAUUUCAGUGCUCUAUUUAGCCACCAUUGAUGGCAAUUUAGAUUGACGAUCUCAGCCAAUCCAAUGCUUUCAUAUAAUAAAGCAUUGGGAGGCUAGUGCGCAUAUUUGGAAAAACACCACGUUGCACCAAUCACGAGGACUUUCUGGGACUAUCUGAUUAAAAAAGUGUCUCCCCAGUAUUACAGUCUCUAGAUAUACAGGGAGUGCAGAAUUAUUAGGCAAGUUGUAUUUUUGAGGAUUAAUUUUAUUAUUGAACAACAACCAUGUUCUCAAUGAACCCAAAAAACUCAUUAAUAUCAAAGCUGAAUAUUUUUGGAAGUAGUUUUUAGUUUGUUUUAGUUAUAGCUAUGUUAGGGGGAUAUCUGUGUGUGCAGGUGACUAUUACUGUGCAUAAUUAUUAGGCAACUUAACAAAAAACAAAUAUAUACCCAUUUCAAUUAUUUAUUAUUACCAGUGAAACCAAUAUAACAUCUCAACAUUCACAAAUAUACAUUUCUGACAUUCAAAAACAAAACAAAAACAAAUCAGUGACCAAUAUAGCCACCUUUCUUUGCAAGGACACUCAAAAGCCUGCCAUCCAUGGAUUCUGUCAGUGUUUUGAUCUGUUCACCAUCAACAUUGCGUGCAGCAGCAACCACAGCCUCCCAGACACUGUUCAGAGAGGUGUACUGUUUUCCCUCCUUGUAAAUCUCACAUUUGAUGAUGGACCACAGGUUCUCAAUGGGGUUCAGAUCAGGUGAACAAGGAGGCCAUGUCAUUAGAUUUUCUUCUUUUAUACCCUUUCUUGCCAGCCACGCUGUGGAGUACUUGGACGCGUGUGAUGGAGCAUUGUCCUGCAUGAAAAUCAUGUUUUUCUUGAAGGAUGCAGACUUCUUCCUGUACCACUGCUUGAAGAAGGUGUCUUCCAGGAACUGGCAGUAGGACUGGGAGUUGAGCUUGACUCCAUCCUCAACCCGAAAAGGCCCCACAAGCUCAUCUUUGAUGAUACCAGCCCAAACCAGUACUCCACCUCCACCUUGCUGGCGUCUGAGUCGGACUGGAGCUCUCUGCCCUUUACCAAUCCAGCCACGGGCCCAUCCAUCUGGCCCAUCAAGACUCACUCUCAUUUCAUCAGUCCAUAAAACCUUAGAAAAAUCAGUCUUGAGAUAUUUCUUGGCCCAGUCUUGACGUUUCAGCUUGUGUGUCUUGUUCAGUGGUGGUCGUCUUUCAGCCUUUCUUACCUUGGCCAUGUCUCUGAGUAUUGCACACCUUGUGCUUUUGGGCACUCCAGUGAUGUUGCAGCUCUGAAAUAUGGCCAAACUGGUGGCAAGUGGCAUCGUGGCAGCUGCACGCUUGACUUUUCUCAGUUCAUGGGCAGUUAUUUUGCGCCUUGGUUUUUCCACACGCUUCUUGCGACCCUGUUGACUAUUUUGAAUGAAACGCUUGAUUGUUCGAUGAUCACGCUUCAGAAGCUUUGCAAUUUUAAGAGUGCUGCAUCCCUCUGCAAGAUAUCUCACUAUUUUUGACUUUUCUGAGCCUGUCAAGUCCUUCUUUUGACCCAUUUUGCCAAAGGAAAGGAAGUUGCCUAAUAAUUAUGCACACCUGAUAUAGGGUGUUGAUGUCAUUAGACCACACCCCUUCUCAUUACAGAGAUGCACAUCACCUAAUAUGCUUAAUUGGUAGUAGGCUUUCGAGCCUAUACAGCUAGGAGUAAGACAACAUGCAUAAAGAGGAUGAUGUGGUCAAAAUACUCAUUUGCCUAAUAAUUCUGCACUCCCUGUAGGUUAACCCUGCAAUGGAAACAUUGUGGUUCCUGCAGGAUGGCAUUAUUUUCAACUGCACGGUUAAAAUAAGGGGGGGGUGGAGCAUGGCACCCAAACAACUUCAGUGAGAUGAGGUGAUCUGGGUGCCUAAAGAGUCCCAUUAAUGAAGUAUUAUACCAUGCAAAAUGAAGGUAUUUAAAAGUGGGGAAAAAAUUAGAAUCAGUGGUUGUUUAUUGUUUUUGCAUUUAUUUACAUUUCUAUUAUGUAUUUUAUUCUAUAGAUAUGUCAAUUGUAUUUCUUUAUUCAUUUAAGGUGAUAUAUAUAUAUAUAUAUAUAUAUAUAUAUAUAUAUAUAUAUAUAUAUAUAUAUAUAUAUAUACAGUACAAUGUGCAGGGGUUAAACCUUGAAAUACUUGGUCUAAAUCAGCUGAUUUUAGUCUUGACCCGCUCAACUGUACAGUUACAUAUUUAACAAAAGCUUUCAGAUUAUUAUUUUUUUAAAUAUUUAAAAAAAGGUUACCUGUCUAUAUACUUAUAUCUAUUUUUAUUUACUUGCCCUUUUAAAAAGGCACAAUUCCAAGCACAAUUUAACUGAACAUGAAUACUAUUAUACCUACCGGAAAACUUUAUUGUUAAUAGAUGUUCUAUAUUUUUUGUAUCAAUUAAUGCUGCAGAGGACAUUCCUCACACUAGCCUCAGAAGUGGGCAUGCAGACAAACAGCGAUAUAAUUCCUGUUACCUCCCCCUGAAUAUGUUCUAAGAUACACUUCAGCAAACACAAUUUAUUCACUGCUAAAAUCUUUCAUUUUUCAUGCAGGCAAUUUCUUCCAAACUUAAUGCCAGUGCAAUGAAGCUUUCUACAAAAAAAAAAAACUUUCUUCCCAUCGUGCAUAAUUAAUUAAAUAGUAUUUUAGAAGCUAUAACUUCACCAGAUAUUAGUUCUUUAUUUUAUAUAAAAUAUGAGCUACAUUUUCCAAAAUCAUAAAUUAACAGUUCUUAGUAGGUGAUAUCAGUGGCAUUUGGGCAUCAAGAUACAAUUUUAAUAAUGGGACCUUUACAUUAAAUUGAAAAAAUGCAAGUAUAGAGGUCAUGUGGUCGAGGGGCGGACGCAGGACGUAGCCGUGCGUCGUGAGGAGGGGAUGUGAUGGCGGUCUAAGGGCUGUGAGAGCUGCAAACUGUAAGCGUGUGAGCUGUAAGCGUGGUGAGACGCUGUGAGACGCCGACAUGCCGACAUGCCGACAUGCUGAUAGACCAUUAAGCCGUCGGAUACCUCCUGAUACCUCUUGAUUUUACAAAUUACCUGAAGUCUCUCUCUAACGAAUUUAUAUUUCAAACAGAAUUAAGCGGAAUCGCUAAAACUAUUGAAGUUUUCCGGAACGCUGCGAUAGUGCGCUGUAACAGCGUGCUCCAAUUACUUUCCGAAAAAUACUGCUCUAAGUUCUUUUUUUAUGUGAUGUUUAUUCGCCUAUUUGCACCCUUUUGAAAACAACAUAUAUUAUCACUGAAAUCCUGAAAAUCCUGUGCUAUCAACAAUCUCACAGGUCAAAAAAUAAGAUUACCUGUUGGAGCAUCUGAUGGUUUGACGCACCCUGGAACUACAACUCCUAAUACUGCAAGUCCAAGGUUGCAACUCCGUUUAGAUGAUAAGAAACUUAAUUUAAAAGAUAAGAAUUUUUUUUUUUUCACUUAAUUUUUGGUUCACUGUGUUUAUAGAAAUUUAUAGAAUUGUGUUCACUUCAUAUAUUAACUUAUCAUAUAUAUUUGCAUAAAGAAAAAAAAAUAUAUAAAAAAAUAUUAAAAAAAAUAAACGGAAGGAAAAGAAAAACAAAGAUUAAAAAAAAAAAAGACUGUGUUCACUUCAUAUAUUAAUCUAUCAUAUAUAUUUGUAUAAAGGAAAAAAAAAAGUCUUUGUACACAAAAACUAAAUCAGAGGAAAGUGAGUUAAGACAAAUCAGAAGGUCUGUAAUACAGAAGGAAGCUGAUGGCUCCUAAAAAAAUAGUUCAAGACCCUAAAUUUCCAUCAAACCGAGAUAAAGGAGAUAAAGCAGAAGUACAUCAAGAAAAGAACCUGGACACAUUUAUCUCUCCUCAAUCUAAAGAUUCAAAAGGGAUUAAACCGAGAUCAUCUUUAACAAAUUUAAAGCCAUUUAAUAUGGAUAUAAACAAAGACAACAUAGAAAAGGAAGAAAUUACUACUAAAGUACUGAAUGAAAGUCUACAAUCUAUCUUAGAAGAAAUAAAGAGAGAAAUCUCAAAAAACUCUAUAGAAAUACGACAAGAAAUAAAAAGUGAAAUCUCUAAAUUAACUGAAAAAAUGCAAGUAUAAAAUAAGUAUUCCAUUAAUAUGGAAGCAGUUGAGGAUCGCCACAUUGGACCACAUAUUCCAUUUGUACCCAUUUGAGGAAACCAGAGAAAUGUUCCCAAUCAUCAUAGCACAAGCCCAUUGUAACGGCACCCCAGGUAUAGAAGGGGUUAAUGCCACCAAAGAUGUUCCCUUCCCGAAUGAGAAGUCAGCUACCGAACACUCCUAACCGCCGAACAGGAAAACACACGAAUAAUCCCCCCCAAGUACGAGACGAGGCUCUGUAUUGAGGGUCAAACAGGAAUCUGUUUAAUGUGGGCUACAUGCCCGGCUUUUAUGCAGGAAGACUGGGACAAAUUCUUACAAUAACCAAUCACAACAGUACAGUUAUAAAAACUCCCACCUGGACAGUAUAGGACCCUCCUCUCUAUCUUGGAGAUAAUUGGGUUAAGUGCUAGAAGUAACUCAAUUAUCUCCAAGGAUAGAGCAUAACCUCCAUUUCACAAGGAUAAUAAAAAUGCAUAAAAAUACAUAAUUCCUAAACUACCGAACAGAAUCCCCAUGUUCAACGAAUCCCCAGAUAGCUUAGACCUGAGCGCACAAUAUCACCGAACAGUGCUCAGAUCCUAUACACACAGUUCAAUCGCCAUGAAGCCAAAGUCUUUCACAUAGUCUUUUCGUCAUACGAAUGGGCUCCAUGGGAUAGCUAUCUGGGAUGGCUCUGUUCGCAUAGUAAUAUACCGAACUGCAUGGCAUUCGUAUGAAUGAAUGAACAAGAUGAAGGAGGGUCGGCGGCUUCAGUGGUGUUCAUAUGAAAAUAGUGUCUGUUUUUAGUUCCAUAGAUUCGUCACCGAACACCGCUGGGCGUUCACAUGUCCAAGAUGGCCGCCGCCACGUGUUCGUUCAUACGAACGAUGACCACCCAGCCGACCAUUCGACGAUAGAAAGUGUAUGCGGUUAGCCACAACAUUCUAAUGAGGCCAAGAGGUUAACAAGCAGCACACUUCCCUGCUGGGUGGCCCGCCAUUCGGUAGUUCAUUCGGGAAAAAGGGAAUUAAACAUAGGGACCAUACGGACAGGGCGAUAACUGAACAAACAGACAAACCAAGGUGAAGCAACAGUAAUCCAGAGACAGAGAGGCCUGUCACACCCAUCAUUAGAUGCCCAGUGCUGAGCAAACUCAAGAUAUUUACCCCUAUGCAAGUUGCCAUCCCUCUUUUUUUCUGGACCAUCCAUCCCUGGUUCCAAAUCUAUACCUUCUAGUGUUCCGAGAUAUAUACUCAAACAUGGCCUAUACCUACUGUAACGGAGCUCCUUGUACUCCGACUGAGUACUCCUCCGUUGACGGAUGCUCCUAGCGCUUCCUGAGGACUCCAAGCAGUGCAGCAGACACCACAACCACCGCAGACCCCGCAACCGCCGUAUCUUGACUGGAGUCUCGCCAUCUUCCUUCCACCCUGGAUCAGCUUCCGUCCUCCAGGACUGUGUGGGAAAGAACUCUUCCUUCCACCCUGUACGAACCUCCAGCAUUCAGGACUGUGUGGUGAAGACCCCUCCUCCAAGGAGAGCGUGUCAGGAACAAGCUCUUAAAAGAGCUAAGUGACUCAAGCUCAGGGGAGCAUGCAGAGCAUAGCAAUCCCCAGUGUGAUUAUAACAGCUCCCUCCAAUAACGAGACAAGGCUACAUUUAGAGGGAUCAAGAAGAACUGUCAAAACCUUUAUUCCCUUGGGACCAGCCAAUAGGGUCACCACAAUAACAUUGUUGUGAAAACUCAAUAAAAUCACAAACAGUCAAACCAAAUCAAGCAACACACAGUGACUUAUCACAACACAAUGGGACAUUUUUAAAGGGGUAGGGGGAGACAAUAUUUAACAGUAAAUAUCUCACCUGCCUGCAGAAUUAGCAAUAUACAAAUCUACCUGAAUAUGCAAAUGAACCAGUCUUGCAAUUCAGGUAGUGCAUAUUGCUGUUGCUACCAACAGAGGGCACUAGACCAGCUCCAUAGCCAAACCCACCUAGUUGGUAGCAAACCUCAGCAAUACAAGAGAGCAGGCAAUACAUUACACAGUACACACACACACACUAUAAACAAUUACAUUACACACACCCUGCACCUAUAAUGGGUACAGGGUGACUAAAACAUAAGAUAAAUAAAGCAGCCUACAUAAAUAGUCUGUCUGAAGGUAUACUAGGGGCUUUAAAGCCAGAUACAUGAAAGCGUCAUAGUCACAGGGGAGGAGGCUGGCAAGUAGGCCUCUCCAGGACCAAGUGGCGAAGGGCACUUCGUCACACCUACAUACAGAUAGUACUGUCAAAAAAAACUAUAUUUCAAGUGACAUAAAAUAAUCAGCAAUGUUUUGUUAUGCUCACCUACAUUUGAAAUACAUUUACAUUCAGAACGUGCUAUUAUUAAUCUCCAUGGAAAUAUAUUUUGUUACUCUAAUUUUUCUGUAAAACCGUGUGGUUUAAUUUUAAAAGACAGAUAUAAGUGAUAAAACUGGACAUAAGGUUUUGCAGUUCUACAGAAAAACUACUAUUUUGUAAUUAAAGGCCAAAUGUAUAAAUUAUUAACACAGAAUAGUAAUUAUGAUUUGCUUAUAAAAGGAGGACUCCUGUCCCUUAAACACAUUCACACUCACAGUUUGGUUACUUUUUAAAAUUAAAACGGAGGGGAUCUAAAUCUAGGAUAAAAAAAAUUUAUGUUUAAAAGAUUCUGCCCAACAUCUCAUCUCCUUGCACACCGUUGAAUGAUAUUUAGGCAAAUCCAUAGUGGUUUAAUACUUUUUCAUUUAUUUUGCAUUGCGUUAUGUACAAAUAUAGCAAAGUAUCAAACAUUAUUUUCUUUCUAGUUAUCAUACUUCCCCAGUCUAAAUAUACUCCACCUACUUUUUUUUUUUUUUUUUUUAAUGUAUAUCCUUGGAAAAUUCCAUAUAGGGCUAUAUCUAUGGCUUUUACAUCCUUUUGGUGGCUAGAAGCCUGAUUCCAAAAUUAUGGAGGAAUCCAACACUUUGGUUUCUCAUUCGCAUUGAUCAUACGUUAGCAUCAAUAAUAUACUAUUAACAACAAAUUAUUCUAAUUAAUUUAUCCUAUCACAUUUUAUUUCAUAUAUGUUUUUCCUUUUUUAAAUUUAAGUGUUUAGAGUGUUCCUUUAACAUUUCUUUUAAUCUAUUUACCUAAUUUUUAUCUUUGAAAAUUCACCUUUUUUUUUUUGUAUACAUAAGAAAAAGAAGGUACUAGUGUUUCUCAUAUAGAAUGUGAUCUGGAGUGGUAAUCUUUGUCAGUUGGAGGUUCUUAAGCAAGGUUGUGUUUUAAUUGCCAAGCUAAUUUACCCAUAAUUCAUCACCCAAAAAUAAUUACACAGAAGGGCAAAUUGUAGACGUAGACAGAGAUUUGAACAAAAUGGUGGCACCAAACUAACUACAAUCUGGCGCAAAAAGAAACAAUAAUAAAUAUAAAUAAGGAUGGUGGGGACAGUAUAAUCAUUCUUACACAAGAAGAAUAAAUAAAAGAAAAUGAAAAAAAACGAGUUCUGCUUUAAGACUUCUUUAAAGUAUAUUAAAUUAAUUGUAUCUUCCUUUUUUGUUUUUUUUUAUACUUUUUUUGAUAUUUGAAAAUUGAAAGAAACUUUUUAAAUGAGAAAAAAACAAAGCAUGCCUCCCAGCACAAAACCUAUCUUCUAAAGAUACAAUAAAAUGCCCAUUUCGCAGCAUCUCCAGGUUCACUGUAAACCUAAAACAAAGUUUUGUACGAUUUAUGCCUUAAUAAUUUGGCAAAGCAAUGGAUUUCUAGUCUGCCCAGCAGUAAGCGGCUUAAUAUAUCUUCAUCCAUUUUUCACACUUAGCAAGAGUCUGAAAUCCUAUUUGCUUGAUGGACUAAAGCCAAACUAUGUUGGAGUAGAUGUAAGGCUUGGGUCAGGAAGGAACUCUUAUACUUUUGUUACUUAGUUCUUCUUUCUUUUUAAGUCACCCAGGUUUAAGGACGCAAAAAGAAGACCCACAAGCUGAUCUCUCAACGGAAACAUCGCAACCUAAAUUGAAUACAUCCUCUAAAAUAUGCACAAUUUCUUGAAAGUAAAGUAGAAGACGCAAUUGAUGGCAUUUAAGAAUGGAAUGCCCUAAUGAUAUUCUCCAUACCCAACCCCACCAACCUGUUCUAAUUCGCCAUUUAAUUUGAUGUCCAGAAUAUCUUGUAGCAUGUAGUCAUCCUAUUGCAUGCAUCUAUCAGAUAUUCUGUCAAGUUAUAAUUUAUGAUAUUGGUUCUCUAUUGUUUAAGAUGCUUGUGUAACCUUUUCUUCUAUAUAACAUAGAAUAUGACUCCUUUCACGUUUCCAUCCACAUACCUUUACAAUCAGCAUUGUGUCCUUUUCUAAAAUAUACACCAUAAAGAAUUACCCCAUCCACCGUUACCGCCUCUGCUUCUCAAAGUGGCCGUGAUGGUAAGAGUCUGUAUGUUCACAUACACCGUAAUCUGCACUUUUGUGCAGGGGGCUAGUUACACAUCCGGCACACGUGACUUAGGCAGCUGGAACUUUUUUCCUAUGUGCCUUAUGUGAAUUUGGUGCAAAAAUGAUGUCUGUUGUCAGUGCGCAUAGCAUGAUGUCGAGAAGGGUUUCUCCCUUGCAGGAUCCCCUCCCUCUGUCCACCCACUCCAUCCCCUAUUUGAUUCAGCACAGGCAUGCACUUUGGGAGGUGAAACGGUCCAAUCUAUGAGCAUUUGAUUGGAGCAUGGAGAGUGAGGCAUGGAAUUCAGUGAUGGGAGCUUUGCUGGUGCUGGAUUUCCAGUAUGUUUAUCAUUUCUUUUGCAGGUGGCACCUAUAGAGGCAUGGGGGCACCUAUUGAGUAAUGCCCAGUAGGGUAUUUUAAAGUAAAGUUUCUUAUUUUAUUCUCUUUAAAGGGUUGGACUAACCCUUCAAGUUUGAAGUACAUAGAAAUUUAACAAAUAUGUAAAAGCUUUAUGAUGAUUACUGGUAAUUAAUGGACCGCUUUGCACAGAUAAAGCACCUCAGCUUCUAUUUGAAAUCGACACCUUUAUAAAUCACUGCAGAAAAACCUCUGCGGCUGUUAAUCAGACAACUGGGAAGUUUAUUUUCCACUUCUGUGAGCUUCAGAGAGCAAAUGGCAGUGUCUGAUGUGCACUGCUCGAGUGUGUCUGUCUUCUCCCCCAAGUCACAAUGUGUCUGUCCACAAAGCUCAUUUUACCCAAGGGUUCCUGCGUUCUUCCUGGUGUUCCUUAAUGCAUGCACCCUCCCUGGCAAGACGCACACGCCUUUUUUGUUUUUCCAAUGUAGUGUUCCUUUAUAUGCUUAAAAGGCCUUAUUUAUAAUGAGUAUUUCAGGUGUAAAACACAUAGAAUUCUGAUGCUAAACAUAUGAUCAUCUUACUUUUUACUUUUGUGAAUUAAUUUCUCCUUUUAUCUGCUGAAACACAUUUUAGACAAGGACGAGCACACUGUUCAUUUGAAGCUACACGGAUUCUUGUGCAAUAAAGCUUAUGUGUUUGCUUGUUAGAUACUGCAACUCUGUAAGUUAAUGCAUCUAUCAAUACGUGGAAUUAUCUGUGUACACCUCAUUGUCAUGGUUUCUAUGCCCAGCAGAAUCAACUCAACAUAUCACUUCUAUGAGGCUGAAAAAGUGACGUGAUGGUGGUAUGGGUAAUAAUAUCAUUUACACCUCAGGACUGGAUAUUCUUGAAAAUUAGAUAUCUUAUAGAGUUUUAUUUUAUAAGUACAGAUAAUAUUACUUUCACAUUUUCUGCACUAUAUGUGUCUCAAUAUAGUAUUCUCUUUACUUACAUCGUAAUAUCUCCCCAUGUUCUAGGUGUGCUUUGCCUAUUCAUGUAUCUAUUCAUGUUUCCAUUCCCUGUUCAUGUUUUACUUUUAACUUUCCCCAUUUACUAGUAACAAUGUCUUCCUAUUACAAGCCAUUGUUAUAUUAUCUUAAUACAUGUGGGGUUGCAUUUGACUUUGAAAAAAACAAACCUGUAUUCCUAAUGAUUUAGUGUUCCUGUCCCCAGUUACCCGCUCCCCUCCUCCCCCCAUGUAUGUCUUAACAAAUAAAUAAAUAAAUAAUAAACAUGGUUUACUCAGCGCUUUUUACCUCUCCACCUUCCAAUGCGCCAUGUAGAAGGUAUAGCCUCCUCCGACAUGAUUCAUUCCAAUGCUCCUCACGAUGACCUGAUGCAUCUGCAUAGGGAGCUCCAGGUGCACCUCCAAGUUUCCCCAUAGGAAAGCAUUGAAUCAGUAUUUUCCUAUGGGGGCUUUCGUGUCACGUGACCAGAAGCGCGUCUAAUGGCUGUCAGUAUGAGAGCCACUAGACAUAGCAUUAACCCUGCAAGAUAAACAUUACAUUUUCAUUAAAAAAACUGCAAUAUUUUACAUUGCAGGGUUAAAAGGACAAGACCACCACACUCAAGCCACUUUAUUGAGGUGAAGUGGCCUGGGUAACUAUAGAGGUCCUUUAAAAUGAAACUAAUGUAAUGCUAAUUGCUAUAUACAGUCUUUACUUACUUAAUUUGCACCUUUUCAUCCAAAUGUGUCCAUAAAUGAUUUCAUGGUUUCUUAUUGGACGGAUUGUAAUAUUCCAUGGAAUUUAUAAAUUCUGCACAACCUGAAGGCUGGCGAGUUAUUUAACAAUGAAGGGCUUUAAAUUGCACUGCAUUUGUCUUUCCCACAUUUAUUAUUUUUUUAUUUCCAUUUAUAUAGCGCCAACAGAUUCUGUAGCGCUCUACAAUAUUAUGAGAGGGGGGAUUUAACUAUAAAUAGGACAAUUACAAGAAAACUUACAGAAACAAUAGGUUGAAGAGGGCCCUGCUCAAACGAGCUCACAGUCUAUAGGAAGUGAGGUAUAAAACACAUUAGGACAGGGAAUAACAAUCAAAUAAGGUGGGAGUGAUGCAGAGCUGGAGGAGAGAGUAGAGUGCUGCCCUUUAGGACAGAGCAAGAGACAGGUAUGUUAGGUAGAGGUUACUCUGGGAGGCUUUCCCAAAGAGAUGGGUUUUAAGGCACUUCUUAAAAGAUUAAAGAUUAGGGGAGAGUCUGAUGGGGGUAGGUAGGCUAUUCCAUAGGAAGGAGCCUUUUGUUGAUUGAGCCUUUGUUGUAUUUAAUGACGUUAACCUAUUCUCUGGUAUGACAUGGGUAAUAACUUUCAAUUUAAAGUCCAUCACAGACAUUUUUCAAAGUGAGAAUUUAAAUGGAAUUCUACAUUUUAGGCUAGAGUAGUCAAUGUAUCCUGAAUUAAAAAUAGAGCUGACUUAGAGAUUUUUAUCUAGUUCAGUUUAUUUUUUUAACCUUAGAAUUCAAUUUCACUUUGAAUUCUCACUUUACUAAAUAACCCUCCAUUUUUUUUAAGGUAAAACAAGAGAAAAUGACUAAAUAAAGAGUCAUCCGCAUGGAAUUUACAACCAAAUCCUACAUUUGACCAAAAAAGCUCAAAUUCCAACUUGAUAAAUCCGCCCUGUCAUAUGUAUUUGUUCCUGAAUGUUUUGUUAACAUUGAAGUGUAUGUGAGAUGCCUCUUGCUGUGUGACAAAAACUGUAGCUUUGCUUUUUUUCCUGAGCAAUCUGAAAACUGACUGAGCUCAAGGACUUGUACGUCUUACAAAAUAAAUUAGAAUGAAAAGUGCCGUGGUGAAUAGAAUGGCAUUGCAAAGAGCGCGAUGCAAUCACUUAUUCCACAGCAAUAAGUGUGAUAUAACGUUAACUCUUAAUAUAAAUCAAGAUAAUUGAACUAGCUGAAGUUGUGUGUGCAUGCAUGAACAUUAAAGUGGUUUCUUCUCUACUUUAUCUGACUUGCUUGUUUUGUGAGAGGGAAUGUUAAAGAAAUAUUACACAAUAUAUUUACCAUGAGUGUCUCUGUUAUAAAAUAAUGCAUUAUAUCUGCUCUUGUUUUUCCGUCAAAAAAAGACAUAUUCAAUAUUUUGUUGGGAAGGCCACAAAAAAAUAAAAAAAAAGUUAUGCAUUGCAUUAGUUCACCUGUUGUCAACAUAAAUGUGAUUGGAUUGUGUCUCGAUGAAAAUGUACUGUCUGUAUCAAACCAGGCAAAAAAGAUUUAGCAUCUCAAUGAAAUCAUCUCCAUCAAAAAUUGCUUAAUAAAAGUACUUUGUCAUACCUUGCUUUUUAUUUGACAAAGAAAAUAUAAACAAUAUAUGGGAAGCUCAACUUGAGAACACAGUAUCCUCA